AUGGGCAGCGCCUGUCCCCAAUGUUUGAGGAUAUUUUUAGUUAUUUACAAUUUUCUGGUGGUGGUAAGUCUUCAAUAUCCACUAUAAACCGAUUGGCGUCUUACGUGACGUAAUGUAUUUGAAACAUUCCUGUACUGUUGUAACAUAUGACCAAAUAUUCCAUAUAAAACAUUUUACGCGAAGCUCUUAUUUAUGCUAUAUAUGAUUUUGCGCGAGAUCCCAAUAAUUGUUAUAAGUCAUUUUUGGACAUAUGUGCUUGAUAAAAGCUUGGUUAUUUGUCACCUGUCGUAGACAUCAAGUAUUCAGAUAACCUACAUGUAGGCCUAUAUGGACAUCGUUAUGGGUAAAUUCAUUUUCCUUCAACCCAUUUAAUUUCUUACCCUUCUGUUUUUUAUCGUAUUGCUUAAAAUUUCUGAUUUUUGGGUCCGGAUCUUAUUUUGUGGGGCCAACUCGAGUAAAUUUAUUCGAGUUUUACAUUUUCACUUUACGCUUUAUUUUUACGCAAAUGAAGGAGAUAAUUUGGUGAAAUUCCAGUAAACCAUUCUUUUCGGAGACCAAGAGGGUGGGCAAAAUGAACAGACACUGUAUGGUUUGAUUUAAAAUUUUCAGUCGUCCACGGUCUGUUCAUUACAUAGAUCAUUGCCAUAAGCAGCACACGUUUAAAUUUAAACGUGUGCUGCUUGUGGCAUUGAAUUAUAAAAAAGGAACAACACGUAAAUCUAAUCGAAGACAUCUAACUUUACAUAUCUGAACCUCAAGUUUUUUAUUACAACUAAAGUCAACGGCAUAGAAAAUAAUAUUUUUAUGUUUAGCAUGAAAUCGUUGCAAGUGCAGUCAACGAGUCGUGAUACUUCUCACAUGAAAGGUCGAUAAGUAAAAUGAGGUGCAAGAGAUGGACAAUUUUACAAAGUAUGUGAGUGCGCGUAUCUUUUAGUCCCGGCAAAGAUAUAUUAAUGCCCUACUAAAAUAUAGCCUUUCAUCAUGAGGAGUUUGUAAAUGUUCGUCCUGCUCAGCAUGUAUUCGGUUAUAUCGAAAGUUAACAGCUCAGUUAUCUUGGUCCCUUAUUUAAUGCAAGACAAUUACGUACAUCCAACAUCGAUCUGUUUAGGUUCAGAACGCUUUUGCUUUCAUAUCUAGAAGACGGAAAUUCAAUCUUUCCCUUGGAUUUAAUGUAAAAGACAAUUCGUGGACAGUUCUCUGCCUAAAACGAUACUUGUCUCCCCAACAAUACAGUCGUGUCAUAUUUUAUCAAUGAUUUAAAAAUGCAGUUUUAUGGAAUACAGCGUCCUGAAAGACUUUAAUACUUUUUAAGCGUGACCCCUUAGCCCAAGUAGUAAAACGUUCGGAUCUAAAUCUCAGAUCUCCCCAGUUUGGGUUUUAGAAUGACUGCUGUCAACGACAAAUAACUGGAAAAUGCGUAGUUGACCACCUUAUAAAAUCUCAUACAUGGGCGGUUUGACUCAACUUAUUCACUUCUCUACAUUUAGAGGAGGGCCUAUUCUGCUCAUCAUUGCCGGUUAAAGCGAAUCGGGCGCACUUUCGAGCUUUCACGACAUGCAACACGUUUCGGUCUAGGAACUUGAAAAAUGGCGAUUAACGCCGCCCCUAGGACUGUAAACCAGGUUGUAAGCGCCCCUGUCUCAUGCUGCCACAUGACCACUCUCGCCUGUCAUCUCCUGUUAGACGAAAUCCUUUUACUGUCCGUAGGGGUGCCGGCGCGCUUGUUGCACCUUUAGCUGUGUCCGAUGCGCUUGAGCUGUGCUGCUAUUGUGCGAGACCAGAACGGGUACCACAUCGGUUGGUGACAUGCCCUAAUCGGGCACGCGUCAGACGGGGCUGACGUCAAUAAAAGCAGUAUGUUUAACCGCAGUUUAUGUGCCCUCAGGCUCAGACUGCUCAGUGGUGCAUGAGAGAGGGAGGCCGACGUUGGAAUAACGUUCUUCGGGGUAUUUUAGCGUGUUCCUCAUUGUAACCAGUUUUUGCACUCAGAGAUUGUCAUGGGACGCCAGUAGCCGCGACUUGGAAUGCUGCCAGAUGCUGGAUAAAUUGGUCCUCCAUUGAAUGAGGGCUAGAUUUCAACGGCUUUUUACUGUGGCCUUUAUGGUCUCUCAUUCACGUAAAUUUUGAACGCGCUUGUUGUGCAGAUUCUCUUCUCCAGUUCUCUUGAAUCAGACUUGCACUGGUAACGGGUGGGGUCGAUCCAGCUCCUAUUCAUCCUUUCAGUUCUCCACCAUAUACAACCUUUUUAACUAUCAUGAUGUUCUAACAACCAUGACUGAAAAAGCGGGUCAAAUUGAAGUGACACUAAGAGCCUGGCUGCAAUAUUCCUUAUUGAUAUGGCUUUUGUACCACCAUUUACCCACGUGAGAUCAGUACCUGCUCUUUGAAGAAUUCUUUCAUGUGAAUUUAUCGACUAACUCGUUUGUGGCAGGCACAGACUUACAUUCAAUCUCGUCGGCCACUGAGUCCGCCCUCAUCCUUGGCUCUUCUGACUUUCGAAUAUCGUAGGGGCGGAAACAGGUGAUAUGGUCGGUGCUGUACAACUCACUAUAAUUCAAGACAGGCGCAACUUGCUACUGCUCUCGCUGUCCGGUAAACGAACCUUAGGUCGGGGCGCUGUUGUGGUUGAUGGUAGUGGCUGCGGUGGAGGUUUUGAGGGGUUUACUGACGGGUGGUUUAUGUUAGGACAUCAUACUUGGGUUGGCUAUAUAUUUAGAAACCAAAGUAUGCCGCUUAUUUUAUCCUGCCAGGAGAGUUCGCACGAAUGUCAUUCAGCAGCGGAAUAUCGGCAACGAGCUACAAGUAAAAUACCUGAGUGAUAAGAAAAAUCGAUUACAGUCCGUCUUUUCCUACAAGUGGGGUGUGGGAACAGAGGGAGGGGGACGAUAAAAAACAGCGUGUUAAGAGGGAGUGAGAGUUAGGGGAAGGGGGAGAGCUCGAAGGAGUGCAUGCAGUUGACCGACCUUUGGUCACAAAAGGCAUGGAGAUCGCACCAAGUCCUUCUGCUUUCGGGAUGGCAGUCGCCUCUGCUGUUGCUGGCAGACGCUGGCCCAGGACAGUUCGGGCGCACCUUGCAGAUCACAUGGAAGACUUCGUUGGGAUCCGCAUGGUGCCUGGAGUCAACACGAUGCGCGAGAAUGGCACUGCCUAUGCUCCUUAUUUCGCCUUUUCUCACCCAUGCCAGCAUGUGUCAUGGCUUCGAAUCCCACUGAGGUCACCGAGUUUUUUACAGUUGGGCCAAAAUGAAUUAUUUUAGAUAGGUACAGUGAGUGACCGAUCUCAUGAAAUGUUGGCUGAAAUUCUGAAAUGCGUUUUCGAUUAGGAAGGAUUACUUGGUCGCGGUUGUAAUACUGAUUAUCUUGCGGCAUAAUCUUCUAAAAUGUCGGACUCGGCAGGAUGUCGGCUUUUAAAUGCACUUCUCUUCAAUCUUCUGCAGAAAGCGUACUCGGUAAAAAAUGACCACUUAAGUAGCAUGCAUUUUUCCCAUUGAUUUUCUAUGGUCUUGGAAAUUCAAAUAUAUUUUAUACAAACCAUCAACAAAAAUAUGCUUUCUUUUAAUCAAUCAAUAGAGAAUCACGUCUACCUUAUAUUUUGUACUUAAGGAAGGAGUAUAAUUAGGUUUUAAAAAAUUUUCUAAUUGCAGAAUAAUCUGAAGUCUGAUCAUUCGUUGCACUAGCGCUUAGUGAUUUAGGUCUACAAGGUGCAUGCGUUCCACGCAAAGAAAAUAACAUAUUUUUCUAUACCAUUAAAGAGAUAUCAUACAGAGUCCAUAAACUUUUGCAUUGAAUGCGGACUAUGUUGUACAUUUCAUGAGGAGCAGUGGUAAACGGCGAGGUACGAUGCUAUGUGAAUGGACAUUUCGCGGUCUUAAAAAGUCUCAUAAUUAGAAAUUUUUUAAAAACGUUAUUAAACUCCUUCCUUAAGCAUAAAAUAUGAAGAAGACGUGAUUUUCUAUUGAUUGACUAAAAGAAAGCAUAUUUUUGUUGAUGGUUUCUAUAAAAUAUAUUUGAAUUUGCAAGACCAUAGAAAAUCAAUGGGAAAAAUGCAUGCUACUUAAGUGGUCAUUUUUUACCGAGUACGCUUUCUGCAGGAGAUUGAAGAGAAGUGCAUUUAAAAGCCGACAUCCUGCCAAGUCCGAAAUUUUAUAAGAUUAUGCCGCAAGAUAAUCAGUAUUACAACCGCGACCAAGUAAUCCUUCCUAAUUGAAAAUGCAUUUCAGAAUUUCAGCCAACAUUUCAUGAGAUCGGUCACUCACUGUACCUACCCCUGCGACCAAUAUAACCUGCUCCACAGGAGAAAGUAAAGGAGUAAAUGCACGUGGAAGUGGUCUGAGCUGGUAACUCAUGCGUGUAAAACGGGGAUGGUCGAGGAUAAAACCCGGACUCUUGCCGCUGGGAGGAUUUGUGAAGCAGCCUGGACAAGGCCUCUUGUCAGGAGUUCGCAAGAACACAGCGCGUGAACUCCUGAGGAAACACCUUGACCGGGCUGCUUCACAAAUCUUCCCAGCGUCAAGAGCUCGAGUUUUAUCCUCGAUCAACCCCGUUUUACACGGAGGAGUUAUCAGCUCAGACCACUCCUGUGUGCAUUUACUCCUUUACUAGCUCCUGUGGAGCAGGUUCUACUGGUCGCACGGGUAGGCGCCUAUCUAAGAGAACACGGGAACACCUUCCGACGCGGCUGAGAAAGGGUGAAGUUAAAAACACAAACAACGCCACUCUUGCACACAAUUUUUGAGUCCGAUCAUCGUGUGGAUCCCAACAAAGCUUUUCGUGUGAUUUAAAAGAUCCCACUUAACUACCCUAAGUCAUGGGUCGGCGUCAGCCAGCAGCGGGCGCAGCAUAGGCAACUGUCAUCAGGUCAGGAAAAAACAGUCUUGUGCGCACAGAAGAACCCGGUACAAGUUCAAUGUCUACCAUGGCCAAAAACUGGUUAAGUGCAUGCACCCCUCCACGUCCUCCUCUCCCUUUCCCCCAUAUUGCUCACUAACUCAUAACUCAUUAACUCUUAUCACCCCCUCCCCCAUGUUAUUACGCCCAACGUGUAUGAAAAGACGAAAUAUAUAAUAAAUUUCUCUUACCUCUUAAGUUGUAUUUGCAUCCCAUUGCCAUAUAAAUGUACUAGCCCGACAAGAAUUCAUCGAAAGCGCACGUAUGCUCGCUAACUGGUCUUCUACUAUUAGUUGUGGUAGAGGGCAUUAAUCGAUCGCUUUACAUUAUCUACAUGUCCUUUUGUGCAUAAGGGGUCAAUAUAGAACCCCGUAGACAGUCGUACAGCGACUAGUAAUAUAUGCAGAGAAAGACUACCGACGAAGACAAGGGCCUGAACCCGCAUUCUAUUGGUUAGAAGUCAAGUGUUCUAAACACUGGGCCAUGGGCCCGUUGUCCUGUCGGUUACGAUCGGUCAAUAAGCCCGAAACUCACUGCACCGUGCCUGACGAAAAGACGACCGAAGUCCACUUUCUGCAGGAACUCUACAGUUAACGGAUAUCCUGCCAGCUUUGUCAGAAAAUUCGGGCGAAAAGCCAAGGGACGAAAACCGAGGGGCAGCCAAUGUCGAAAUGCUGGCGCAGAGUGCUAGUGUGUCCGAACAGUCCGUUAGACUGAUAAGCGAAUUUGGGAUAGGCGUCGUGCACGGACCGGAAGCGACAAUCCGCCGGAAUUUCCCGUCAAUCAGAAAUAUGGUGUCAUUUACCGGAUAGAAUGUACUUGUGCUCUAGCCAAUGAUGUUGGUAAAACCGACAAACAGGUCUGUGCGAGAUGGCAGUGAGAGGGGAAGAUAAGCUUUUCUUUGCCGCCACCCACGCAUCCUCGCUAGGGCACAGUAUUGACUUCGAGUGCAUGGGAAUCUUGUACGACCGUAUUUCGCGCCUACUGUAUAAAGGGUGGCACUCGACCGAGAACUUGAUUAAUAGGCAUAUCGAUCUGCCAUCUGCUUGUCAAGCAGAUCGCGCGAACAAAUCAAUUGCGCAGUUUAAGGUCAUUCUCGGCAGAGGUGAGCUAGAUAGGCAGUGAGUCGUACGGCUCUUUUAUGCCUUGACGACGAUUCGAGGUCCAGAUAAAUUAUCCCGUUCAUAUAUAUGGUAGAAGGGCACUUACCGAUCAGGAUACGGAACAUGCCCGUCCCAAUGUGCAUUUUGGCUCAAUCUGGAGCUGUCGCAGGCAGUCGCAUAGCGGCCAGUAAUGAUACAAGAAGUAAUUCCGACAAAGACUGGGAUGGUCAUUUCUGGCUUAUUAGUCGUCGUAAUUCAACAACAUCCAACACCAGGUCUGGGUAGCAAGGGAUUUGAACCCGGACUUGUUAUUCAUUAGGCGUUUUCAAGUCCAGCGCUCUACCAUUAAACUAUGAAUCCCAGACCUAGUUGGUUGAAAUCGGAAAUAUCACUAAUCGUUGAAAGGGCGUCCACCGGUAAGGUUAUGGGACGUGCUCCUCCUCUUGCAUUUUCGGGCUCAAUCUAGGGCUCUUGUAGGCGCCUUUCCCCACCAAAUAUUUACCAGAAUUUUUCGAUCCACUUUCGGCUGGGAAAAAUUACUAAUAUGAACUCACAGAAAGGACUGUUGGGGCACAUUGCUCCCAAGUCGGUUCGUCAAAUGGGCUUCUUUUCAGCCGCCCACGCUUAUUUCGCUAGCAACACCAUAACUACUUAGGCAGUAUACAUUUUUCUAUCGAUUUUCGAAUGAUGCUAACCAAAGUUUGUAGGUGACUAAACAACAUUUCUUUUCUUGUACUCACUUCGUUAGAACUUGAUUCUUCUUUGGUGUUUUCACACGCCGGAAUGCAGUCUUUAGGUUGUGUGAUUUUACUGAUACCUGCGCGCUAUACUUCUUCUUAAGACUCCGUAAUCCUGAAUACCAUGCAUACCCUGACUCAGCUGCACAUAAACCUGUAUACCCCUCUAAGGAAGGUCUGGUGCUGUUCUCUUCGUGGGCAUCACUAACGCAUUUUACGACAAUUAUGGGAACGUCCAAAAAAACCGAAUAGAGACUUUUUUGAAAUAGAAGAACACCCUGCCUUCGAACGCAAAAUUUGAAGAGAACUUAAGCUCCUAUAAAAUGGGCGAAAGGAGUGAAACAGUGCUUAACCCCUUUAUAAGGUGUUAUUGCUUUUGUGUGUGGAUUGGAAGUCGAGGCAAAAAAUUAACGCCACUUAAGUAGCCAUUCGUUUGGGCUGGGAGGACUCUCACCCAAAAGCCAACAUGCAACCGUAUAGAAAUUUAUUUGGCCAGAAAAUCCUCAAGGCAUACAUGGCCAUCUCAUGAAAUGUUGGCUGAAAUUCUGAAAUGCGUUUUCGAUUAGGAACGAUUACUUGGUCGCGGUUGUAAUACUGAUUAGCUGGCGGCAUAAUCUUAUACCAUUUCGGACUCGGUAGGAUGUAUGCUUUUGAAUACACUGCUUUUCAAUCUCCUAUAGAAACGGUACUUGGUAAAAAAUAACUACUUAAGUAGCAGGCAUUUUUCUCACUGAUUUUCGAUGGUCUUGCAAAUUCAAAUAUAUCUUAUAGAAAUCGUAAAUAAAAAUGUGCUUUUUUCAGUCACUUAAUAUAAAAUUACGUCCUCUUUAUAUUUUGUAUUCAAGGAAGGACUAUAAUUAGGUUUUUAAAAAGUUUCUAAUUAUGAGAUUUUUUAUGACCGCGUAAUGUCCAUUCACAUAGCAUCGUACCUGGUCGUUUAUGACAGCUCCUCGUGAAAUGUACAACAUAGUCCGGAUCCGUUGCAAAAUUUUAUAAAUUCUAUAUGGUAUCUUCCUAACCGCAUAGAGCAAUAUGCGAUUUUCCUUACGGAGACAGCAUGCGCCUUAUAAACUGAAAUCGCUAAACGCUAAUGCAAAGCCAGAUCUGGCUCAAAAUUAUUCGGGAAUUGGAAAACUUUUUAAAAAUCUAAUUAUACUCCUUCCUUGAAUAAAAAAUAUAAAGAAGACGUAAUUCUCUAUUAAUUGACUGGAAAAAAGCAUAUUUUGUUUAUGGUUUCUGUAAGAUAUAUUUGAACUUGCAAGACCAUCGAAAAUCAAUGAGAAAAAUGCAUGCAACCUAAGUAGUCAUUUUUUGCCGAGUACGUUUUUUACAGGAGAUUAAAAAGCAGUGUGUUUAAAGGCUGACAUCCUGCCGAGUCCGAAAUAUUAUAGGAUUAUGCCGCAAGAUAAUCAGUAUUACAACCGUGCCUAAGUAAUCCUUCCUACUCGAAAACACGUUUCAGGAAUUCAGUCAACAUUUCAUGAGAUUUCAUGUAGAUUUCGCGACACCGCCGAACUAGCCUUUAUGGCCUAAAGCGCAUCGAGAAUAUCGGUCAGCGCCCCGCAUAAGUUUAUGCGCUUUGAGGGCGGAUUUAUAGCGCAACCGAUGGGCUCAAAUUCCGGCUCGAAACUUCCGAGUUAAGUAAUUUUGAACACCCUACUCGACCCUCCUAAGUGUUUUUCCCAAACUUCCCUGCCAAUAUUCCACGGAAUUGUUGGUUUGACAAGGAGGGGUCAAAGUUAAUCAUCAUCAAACAGGAUGUUUAAAGUUCAUACUUUGGGCACGGUUGUGGUCUGAGACGCAUGAAGAGGCUCGACGUAUCAAGGCCAUUAGGAGCAACCACCUCGCCGCUCUGAUGAUGGGAUCAAAGAGGUCUUCGAAGCGUCAAUGCAAAUAGUCUUCGGACCACGAACUCGCCUCUUUUUCUUCUUCCUCCUCUUAUCAACCAUUUUUGGGGGAUCUUAAACGUGAUGCGUAUCAAAAGGAGAGUGGGCGUUCACCGGGAGGGGUUUAUUUGAGAUCCGACGUUUCGGGUAGUUUACUCGUCUACCCAUCUUCAGGGACUGAGAGGUCCUGUGCACAGCACUCCUUAUUAUGGAGCCCUUUGUCCCGGUGAACGCCCACUCUCCUUUUGAUAUGCCACCUGGAAAUCGGAUUUUCACUACUAUUGACGUGAUGCGUAUAUUUGCGGCUAGAAUUGACGACUCAUCUGAAGUUGCGCACUCUUAACAGGACCCAUCAUGGGAGAUAGACAAGAUGAAGAACAGGGAUUUAAAAUAGGUCAUCGCGGCUCACUCAUGAGGCCUUCGUCUGUCUUUCAUGACCUAUUGGCGUCUAACGUCUUAGUGUGGCACUGAUAGGCCGAUUCUACGGUUGAUCGAAUUGGUCAGACUUCGAUUGACUCCCUCGCCAAUUUGCAUCCGGCUCGCUCUAGUAUAUGUGCGCUGUCAUAGGCAACUGGGCGAUUAUUCUGGAGACUGGGCGUGGCCACAUUGUUAUCGCGCGUAAUUUUGCCUCACGGCCAGGGCAUGCUCAUGAAUACGCAUUCUCAGCCUUCGUCAGUCACGCCGCAGCAUUUGAUCAGGUAAGCUAAGACAGUUGACGCGGCUGCAUGAUCUACCGGGGAGCAGUGACCUCCAGCUUGUGUACAAGGCCCACGCUGAGUGACCUUAGCACGCGUUCUGUGACUUCCACAGCACCUCUCAUGUGAAAAAAGGCGCGAGUUUUCGUCUUUUCUUGUCGUAGGCCUCUGUACUGCACUAUGUGAUGGCCCGAAGGAAGAGUGUCUGGACGUAACGGCAUUUAUGCGGCAGGGAGCGGCUGUGCCGUCGUAGCGGAGGGGUUUCUCCGUGUUUUCGCGCUUUUUUAAACGCGCCAGUCUGGAUGGCGCCCUCUUCCUACCUUAACAGCCAGACAGCAAGGAGGGAGAUCUCUCCAUCUUUUUCUUCCUCCACUGUGGAUUUUACUAGGUUAAAAUAAAGUUCAUUUCAUAAUCAAAGGUUCCUUUCACGUCUCGACUUGGGAUAACAAAGAUGUCAUCUACGUUGCGCGUCCAGAAUUGUGGUCUGUAUGAGUAGGAGACCCUAGUUUAGAGUUCCCGGAAAGCCACAUCAACGAGGUAGCCGCAGAUUGAGGAUCUCAUCGGGUUUAUUGGAUUCGCUCGUAGGUUUUGUCUAUGAGCCUGAAGUACGUAUUUAAGGAGUUCUUUACCAGGCCCAUCACGUGUUUUUUCUUUCUUUCUUCAUGGUACAUUUUCUUCGGUAGGUUACUGACGGCUACCGUAGCCAGUUAUUAAGGGAUGGAGACAAGGGCAGUCAUAAGGUGCUGUCCUGGCGCGCUUUCCAGAAAUCCGAGGACUGGAUGCUCUUCUCUGACUGAUUAUUGCGUUCAACGACACACAUACCUACGCACUGAUUAAAUAGCUUGUCGUGCAGUAGUAAUGAAACCCCGAUUACCAUGUAGCAUGUUAAAAUAAAAUGAAAAGAAGCGUUCACCAGGAGAGGUCUGACGUUUCGAGUAGUACUUUCACCCAGAAGGCCAUGCGCAGAGCUCUCAUUGUAUGGCGCACCUGGCUUGAUACACAGCUCGUCAAUGCCGUCUGUGCUGAGUCAACCGCCACACUAAUUUGCCCUUCUCCCUAUCUGAUUUUACAAACCCUCUUGGCGGAGGCGCGAGGCAAUCGGAACCGUCAAUUAUCUCUGCGGUCAACGUGGAGGUGGAGGGAGGCGACGCAGGUCAAAGUAAAAUGUGGGUCAGAUGCAGCCACACGGGCAUCAUUGGCGGGCAACGCAUCAAGCAAAGUGCGCCUUAUGACAGUUCGGCCGACGAUGUCCACCGUGUGCUCCACAGCAAGGUGAAGCAUGCACGAUGACUUGCGCGUGAAUUAGUUUAUAAUGGGAGCAUACUUGCGCAGCGCCUACCGCACUCUCUCCCCCACCUGGGCCCGAUCUCAAGACAUAGUCAAGAAGACCGGAGGUGGCAGAAGUCGCAGGUGACUGGCACGACCGGACUCGCAUUAGGCGUACUGCCACACCCCUAGUCCACAACAAACAUUUCACCAGGACUUUAACCAACAGCAACGGGUCGGAAAGACGAGGAUGACUGGGCAACCAUGCACAUGACCCGUUUACUCAAUGGGAGUGCAAACACAUUUAUCGGCCGGUAACCAGGUGCCAGAGAACUGCCAGCGCGCAUUAGGCUGCGAGAAUCAUGGGUUUCUGAAUAAUGGCAUAGCAGACGGUCACAAAAUCUAAGGCCCAGAAGGGUGACACACAGCCCUGCGCUGAGCCCGGGCCAACACCCUUCACAGGCAGGGUAACCAAUCAGUCAUCGGCUGAGAGGAGCUACUCAUAUGCAUACACACUUCACGCAUGUGUGAGAGUGCCAUAAAGUGCGCUCUGCAGUGAGAGCUGAGAGCACGACUUUCCAGUCUCUGAAGAUGAAUAGGCGAAAUAACUACUCGAAACGACAGACUGCCAACAAGCCUCUCACGGUGAACGCAUCUUGUCAGGCAUUUUAGGGGACCGGAGGAGGGUUGAGAACACAUGGCCAUCUCCGCAGCGCGCUUCCCCGGAAAGCCAGUGAUCUCAGCGUAGCCCAUGAUGACAUACUGGUAUCAUUUUACCAGAUACUUGUCGCAGAAAAAAUAUUAAUGAAGAGAGAAAACCCAUCCGAGAGAAACACGUGAUGGUGCUCGUACAUUGCCGCUUGAGUACGCUCUUCAAUUUCAACAAUUCAGGGUCAGAUAUGGCUAUGUAGUCCCAUCUGAAGUAAGCGAAUACCAUCCACCUGUAAUACGGGAUCGGUGAUAAAAGGGGUUUUGCAGGCGGGGCUGGGGAACGCACAGGCGACGAGGUCAAAUAGUUGUAUGCAAAAGAAAAGCUGUACUUUUAACUGUUGAGAAAUAGUUGCCCUAACCCCUAACCCCAACAGCAUUGUGUCCAUCAGGUGGGGCUACAUAACCACAUCCUACCCAAUUCAGUCUACAAGCAGGUCCAAUGGUUUCAGUGGGAUCCCCGAUAUUCGGUGACCUCGCUGAGGCAGUUUUGCGAAAACUCUGAAUUCGGGUCUCCUACUCAUUUGAUCCACACAUCUGGACGCGUAGCAUAGACAGCGCCUUCGUUAUCCUACGCUGAGACUUAUGAAAUAUAAAUACUCAUUAAUUCAUAUACUCGCAGCCCAGAAACGUGUUUCGCCGAGGUUGUGCCACUGCAUGACGCGCUACUGUGGAUGCGCCUCAUAGGUGGUUCCCCCAAACCCUCCCCUCAUGUGCCCUCUGGCAUAUACUACAGUUCUUUAUGUUGCCCUUUUUAAUCCCUUCAUAAAUUCAUUUGUGAAUUUGGAGUACAAUUGGCGAAACAAGAGUUUGAGCUUUUGGCCGGUACCUGCGCUGCAAGUAUGAUAAGGCUAAUAGCAUUUAUAUAAUACUAACCAUCUGUGGGCAGAAUGUGAAUAUUACUCGAUUAUUCUGCCCAAGGUGAUGAAUUCGUGCAAAAUUUCGGACCGAACCUGAGAGUGUUUUGUGCCGAAGAAUCUACUCCAAAUUCGCAGACAAAUUAAAUCUUAUUUUUCCCAGUUUUAAUUCACAAUGGAGGGGAAAAACAGGGAGUCAUUCCCUCCCGUGAUGCUUCGAUAUCAAGACGGAAAGAUGGAGCCCUUCUGACUGACGCUUUUCGAAAAGUGACAAACACGGCAAAAAUAGUUCAUUGCACCGGCAACCACCCCCACCCCGCCGCAUAGAUGCAGUUGCGUACAGGUCCUCUCUCUCUCUCCCGCUCUCCGUUCACCAGAAGGGGCACAUUUAUCUUUCGAUGCAUCGACUCCACGUUUUCAAAGUCCAGAGACUCCGUGCACUGAACCUUCAUUAUGUCACACAUGGUUUGCAUGCGUCUGGUCCCUGGCCCGUGGGUCGCAUUUUCACACGACUACUUCUGGGCUUUAGAAUAGGUGCGCUUUGCUCCUCUUCUUGCCACAGAGGCAGGCAUCGACGGUUGUUGUGUCCAGCUUCGGACAGGGGGUGUUGCCUGCGACAACUCUGCAAUACAAAACAAGGUAGUGAUGUUGGCUGUGCGCAGACCCCUGUUCGACUGCACAUUUAGAUGCCCAUUCGGCUGGCAUUUCUCUGCUUCGCCUGUCUGACGCCCCGUUUCCUUGUUCGCUAUAUUUUUUUUUAAAACGCCACUGCGCGUUCGGUUGAUGCCUCGUCAUCUCCCCCCCCCCCCUCCGUCGCGUAAGCAACUAGGAUCUCCCACCCUACAGUGCUUGCGUCAUCGCUGAUGGUUCUUAGCAUAGGCGAAUUCAGGGGCUUGUACCAUUGCAGACGGGCAGUGAAUAAAGUUCACGUAUGGCUAUUUUUAUGUUUUAAAUUCAGUCGCUACGAAUUUUUGCCUAAAUGUUGGGGAAGUCGUGCAGCAGAGGGCCUUAUCCACAGGUUUCAGUGUAUUCUUCUUAUAGAGCUGGCAUAAACUGCAAAAAUUCAUCCAAAUAGGUUCCCCGAGGGGCGGGGAGCACUGACACUUUUUAAAAAAUACACCUAACUGGUCCGAUGUGUUUCUACUUUUUCACUCUAACGAUCGCCAUCCCUAUUAUCGUCUUCUGCCUAAUAAUGUUGCUAUUUUGCUUUCCUCCUUUUUCUCCUAUCCAUUUUUGCCUUUUCACGAUCUCUCGGAUUGCAUUAUUUUGCAUAAAUGACCUCAAGAAAUCCGUCUACAUUGGAGAUGAGGAUGCUAAAGAAACCUUGUUUCCUCAAGGAGGAUGAUCAUUUUUACCGUACGCAAGCGUUGUCACUUAAAGAAUUCCCGGUCAGACAUCGAAAUAUAGACCACCUGCUUUGCAAGUGGCCUUACGCUAAAUUCCCAGAGAAGCGUACCUAUUAUCGUGUCCUAAAUUUAAUCCCAACCCUAACCCUGACCCUCCUAGUCCUCUUCCCAGCACUAACUCUCUCAGCCCUUAGCCUAACCCUUGGAAUUUAGGGCAAGGCCAUCUGUGAUACGGGGAGUUCAGAUUUAUGUACCCAACCGGAUUCACGGAUUUUGGCCAAUCUAGACUCGUUUUGUCUAAGAACGUGGUGAAAGCGAGAAUCUGCCCAUGAUUAUCAUCUACAAUAAUUGUCCUUAAAGGAUAGAGGAUCGGAUCUCACUUCCUAGCCGUACCUGCAGAAGACAAGCCUCAGCUUGACCCUUAACCCUAACCUCUAGACCCUAACCUCUAGACCCUAACCCCUGAUCUUAAUGCCUAAUGCCUAACUCUAACCCAAACACUAACCCUUAACCCCUAACCCCCAACCUUAAUCCCCAACCCAGACUCCUAACCCCAACCCCUAACCCGUAACCACUUACCCUAACCCCAAAUAGGUACGGCUAUGAAAUGAGAUCUUGCUGGGUAGAGCUUAGCAUGUUUUUAGUGUUAAAUACGUCCACCUACCAAGUCGCUCAGCUCUUGGUGUUCUUUUCAUCCACUAAGCUGGUGGGCAAAGCAUUUUGCUAACACCAAGGACGGGUACCGGACGCGGUUUCAUAGGACGGCCUUACUGAGAGUGUUAGAACUCUUAUUCUGUUAUCUGGUCACCCGAGCCUACGGUACAGAGCGACCUGAGUUCCAUGUUAGGCUAUAUUCGCAUAAGGAAAAGAUCUUGCAGUAUGGACACAACGGACGUUGACGGAUAUUUUCCCACUACGCUGCUUUUUUAAAAGUAUUUCGACGCCAGGAACAGCCUUUAAUCUUGCCAGAUAGCUCUUCGAGCGGACUACUGAUUCACGUCAACCACUACCUUGCUGGCAUACCUUGCUUACAAGGAAGUUUGAGGAGCUGCUCGAACCGACUCCUAAAAGUCGGACUUCUCGUGAGCUCGCUUUAAAAUGCGAAAUUCGAAGAUGGGAUUAACUGAAUCCUACUGUGCGCGCAAAUAUCCAUCCGAAUGUCAAGUUCCACUCAUUUUCGCAUUCUCGAGAGUUGCAGUAACGCUGCUUAUGCAACAAAAACAAGUGACAGUUCGGAGCUUAUAAACUUCAUCAGGAUUUUUUCUGGCAAAUUAAUGCCAACUAUCCAGGUCUAUUUUUAAAUUAGUCACACGUGCCACACACUUUUCAUUUUGACGUCCAAUUUCAGCCGACUAGCCGGGUAUUGUUUGCACGAACCCACACAGUGAGUAAACGCCGCAUUCUUCCCUGCAUUUAAGCUCAUCGGCCUAGUCAUCCUGGGCUUUGCUGUGUUCGCCUACCUGGAGCCGGCAGCUCAGGAGUUAAUUGAGGCCUCGGGGAGUCGUGUCAUUGCCACAACCGUCAUCUUCAUCCUCAUGGGCAUCGGCACCCUGACCCUGAUCGUGGCCCUUUUUGGUUGCUGUGGCGCCUACCACGAGUCCGCUGGUCUGCUGGCUACCUACUUCACCUUCCUAAUCAUUAUCUUCACCGUCCAAGUCGUGGGCGCCACCCUCGGUUAUGUAUACCGGGAUCAGGUAAGUGUUGGCCCAUUCUGCCUUUUUUACACUGACGUCCGCUUCUCAAUCCUUCUCGUUCCCUCCUUCUCUCAACCGCCUCUUGCGUCCUAAAUAAGUCUACUCUCGGCGUCAGCUGCCAUCUGUUUUACUGUUUUGCUUUCCUAGAUUCUCCCUUUUGAAGCAUUUUGUCCCCGGUACGAAGCUGAAGUAGGCAAGUAGGGCAGGUUUUAAUGGUACCAAAAAAAUUCGCGACGGCUCGUCAGCUGCGUCCUGUCGCUUCAUAACAUGGACAACGAGUGGGAAGAAUACAACAGAUUUUAAUUCGUGCAGAAAAUCAAUGCAAAAACAGCAAGGUCACGGUUUUGGCUAAAGCUGGCUAAUCGAUAAAGUUAGUAACUCAAACACCGUAUGGGAAGAAUAGUGAAAAAAAGGGAGCGUUAACGAGCAAAAAAGUGAGAGGUGAGGGGGAAAUCAUGGAGCUAAAGGCUACCAUGGCAAUGUUAAGCUCACCGCAUGUUCCAACUGUUUACAAAGAUCUGGUUUCACUCGUCAUAUAUAGGCCGCCUGUAGGUAACGCAAUGUCCGAGUUGUUCGUGCCCGAACAAGUACUCGGAAGGAAGUUUUGGGAUCGACGGAGUGACCAUUAUCAAGCGGGUGUUUCGUAAUGGGGGAACGCGGAAUUUUAUUUUCUUGCUUUAGGGGUCAUCUGGGCAGGUGCUCAAUAGACCUGGCUGCCAACUGCCUUUUGCGUUCGCCCAAUGUACUUGCAUCCGCAAGUACAUGUGACUUCAUAAACACAAUUUGAAGUGGCGUGCAUUGGCAAGGCAUCCUUUGUCCCUGGAAUCAGAAGAGGCUUAGUAGGACUGCUCCCCUUUUUUCACUAUUCUUCCCAUACGGUGUUUGAGUUACUAACUUUAUCGAAUCGCCAGCCUUACCCAAAACCAUGACCUUGCUGUUUCUACAUUGAUUUUCUGCACGAAUUCAAAUCUGUUGUAUUUUUCCCACUCGUUAUCUAUGUUAUGAAGCGACAGGACGCAGCUGACGAGCCGUCGCGAAAUUUUCUUUAUCAUUAAAUCUUGCCCUGCUUGCCUACUUCGUCUCACUUUGGGGUCUGUUUUCCCGCAUAGUUAGUUCUUUUGUAGUUCUUCUUUCUUUCGUCUCAUAAUCUGCUGCUGCUGCUGCUACCUUUUCACCUUUUCAUCCUUUCUCGUUUUAUCUAUUUGUCCUUCGUUUUCUCGCAUCUAUCUUCUUUGUCCUACCAUCCCAUGUCUUCCUUCUCACAAUCCAUAACAUUCUUCCACUAUGAACGUCCAGGUUGCGUGUGUUGUUCGAUCGUUAUCUUAUCCGCUCUCCUAUUCACUCCAUCACGUGUUAUCGAUUAAUUCACUGCCCUUGUAAUCCCCCCCCCCUCUUGCGAGACCUUUUGUGCUGAUACGUUAAAAAACGAAGACGUUACUUUCGACCCCUGUUGAGUAUGUAAGAAGCGGUGACUGAAUUUCCCCCGACGUGCGCCGCCGUUUUUGAUCAAAAGGAUAAGAUUCUGUCAGUAGUGCGCUUCGGUUGCGUGGGUGAAGUGUUUUCGCUCCUUGGGGUCCCUAGUGCAGUUAUCCAGGUUGCCAGCCUUCUCAGAUCUUUUAAGCAACUGUCGGGACUGACAUUUAAGCCGGGAGUGAACGAGGAACUGACCUCCCACCCCGCAUUGCGUUUCUGCGCGAACCACUGAUCCGCAGUCGAACCUGUCCAAACGACUUUGCCUUGAACUAAUUACAACAGUAUCAACCGUUCCCAAGUCCUGGAACUCGAGUGUCCGAAUGACAAAGUCAUCGUCCUCCAGCCGUCUGUAUUUUGGCAACCGGUACUUCUCCAGAUAGCUUUAGGUAUCACGAGAGUUAAAAAGCGGUACUGUAAUGCAUAUUGGUAAUCGGGCUUAAUACGUCAUCUAGCUCUUACAGUCCAGUUCCAUUUACACCACCUGGAAGUGUACACUUCAACACUAAGGCAGGCUUAAGGCCUAUUAUUGGGGCAUUUCUUACUCGUAGCAGAGUAUAGGACGGUUUUGGUUUGAUCAAUCAGUUAACCGCGGGAGGGCUUGUCUUUUGAGACAGACAUCCCUAACGGCCGUCGUGCCGCUGGUUAUAAAGUCCGUGCUUGGAAGUAUCCCCAAAUUAAGUCGUACGAAGCUUAAAACAUUCACCGCUGGACUUUUUCCAUGUUUGCAAGUUGGUACUUAAUCUCCAGGCAUUGGUCCUUUGCUGUGCUUGAAUCUAAUUCCGUUCUCAGCAUUAUGCUAGGUGAAUAUGAAAACUUGACUGUUUUUGCUCCCCCGGCUUCGGCACUGCGUGUAUAUUGCGUUUUUUCUGGCAAAAAUUGUCUGGGAUGAUUCCUAACCAAUAAGCCUCGAUGAAGCUGAUGGAGGGAGGUGAUUACGGAUGGGAAGGGCGACAACGGAAGCGAUGAGAUUGCAUACAGUUGCGCAAGUUUUUUCUAUUGUAAUCGAACUCCAUCGUGGAUAGCCGACUAAACAAACCGGAUGAACGCCUUUGCCUCGCUGUCUAAAGGUGAUUUUGUGUAAACGCUAACGCAGCGCAACGCGAUGCGUGAAGUAUGCCAGCCCUGGCAACCAGCUACAUCCGACGACCAUCCUACGUGUACGUGUGUCCACGCGGUCAUGUGUAAAACCGGCGGCUUUGCAGAUUUCGUUUGCUCUCUUAGCGAGAAUUUCCUGUGCAUCUGAGCCAUCUUCAACUGCCUGCACUUUUUCCGUACUCGGUUUGCUCGACUGUCGUUAGCAACAAAGCCAGCCAGAAAACUAUCUAAUUUCAGCAUUUAGGGCAUUAUCAUAGUUCAGUUGUCAUUAGCUAGCUCGUAUUUUACUGUUACGUUGGCGCAUUGAUGGCCGGUUUAAGGCGACGAUUCGUGCUUUUUUUCAACACUCGCCCAUUUGUCCGAUUUCUAGCUUUGUUGGUGCCCGAGAAAUUAUUUAAUUGCAGGGAACUCUCAGAACCAGGAGCUGUUUCGUGCAUUCGGUUUGUGUCUUACAAAAAACGAUUUACAUUCUGAGUUAACUUCGCCAUGUAUGUAUGUAUAUAUUGGAAGGGUUAGAGGCAGAGCCUUUGAUGACCCUAUUUAUUUACAAUGCUUUCGUAGACCUAUUUCCUGUGCGAUUCGAGGCCGUGCUUUCCAAAACAGAGAAUCUUAGACACGCCGGAUGGCCGCUGAAUCCCACUAUGGGUCACGACUGGGUGUAGUUAAAAAAUGACAGGAAGUUUCCUGUCCCGUUCACAAGAUUGCCCAUCGCCCUUUCCACAGCACUUCGCUGGUUGCAAUGGGGGUGGGUGGUGCGGCAAGAUCCUAUUUCAUAGCCGCACCUGUUAGGGGUUAAGCUAGGGCUUGUUUACUGCAGGUACGGCAACGAAAUAAGAUCCGACCGGUUGUGGGAUUUGGUGUUUGACGUGAUCGAGUAGAGAAGAUGACUCGCGUAUGAAGUGAAUUAUAGUGAGGAGGACCUGAACAUAAUGACGUAGCACUCUUGCCGCUCCGAGUGUGAUUCAGUAGAAGGACUAAAUCUGGGCGAUUGAAGAUGAGAUAAGACGCAGUGGUUAAUUCGACUUAUGCGUACGUGCCACAAUACUUCUGUGUACUAACCGGCACAACCUACACACAAAUUCACUGAGUGGCGAUCGGCACGCCGAUUGUCCUCAUCUGGUUUAGUCACUUGGCUGAUACGGUCCCCGCCGGGUACGGCCGUCGCUCUGGGCGCAAAUUCACGGGCCGCUGACUAGCACUGCAUGCCCGGGAGGCGUAGGUGAGUAGCCACCUCAGCAUCCAGUCCGAAUAGUGCGGAUGAGAUUACCGACAAAGGCAGUAUUAGUCGCCAUAAGCCAGCCGCACUUAAUCCCAGGUCUGGAACACCUGGACUCGAACCUGGGAUCUUUGUUUGUUAAGUCGAACGCCCUACAGACUCGUCGUUCUGUCGGUUGCGGUCAGAAAUAGUAGCUAUGCCGAGGGCACGCUCGCUUGUCUGUCUACGGUUGGGUGACGGAAGGUGAAGCGAAGAUAGUCAAAGUCUCGAUGCCCACAUAUCUGGUAGGCACUUUCCACCCUGUCAAAAGUGUUUAACUCUUAAAGUAGUGCAUAGCGUACAGCAGAACUAUCAGAAGCCUCUUCGACAUUGUCGUCUGGUCAUUGCAAAUGCGACGGCAAUCUGACCCUGUACGUCGACGCUAAUGGUUGCCAUGGCCCAAACAUAGUUAUAUGACUGUAUGCUUGUGAUUCGGCGUAGGACGAUUGCUCACAAGCAACCAUCCACCACGGCAUUUUAUCCCAAAUCCCCGCAACCAUCCUUCAUCCAACUCUCCGGACUGUCUAACAAACAAGUCCUCCUUUUUUAAUCUUGCCAGUAACUGCAGAAGCGGGGGGUGGGGGAGAAUAGAUUAAAAACAUGUGUUUUUCAUUUUUAUCCGCCAGAUACUACUCAACUUUGUCGUCCAGAUUAGGCUUUUUACGCGAUCUAAAAUCUCAAUCACUCUGCUUCCGGUGUGCGCCGCUCUGUCAGUUCGAUUUCGUAAUGGCUGCCGUCUGUAGAAACUGGUCCGGCCAAUACAACCGAAAUUUGGCGUGGAAACUAUAGCGUCAUCCACAUGGGUUAAGUCGUCCAAGUUGCCAAGUUGCCAUCCAAAGAACCCGGAGUUAUCUCACCACCAUUUGCCUCAGUGCUUUUCCGCGCAAAGUUAAUUAAUCCCGCGUCAGUGGCCGAUGGACGUCAAGCCUUCAGUCCCACGCCUCGGAAGAAAGAAGGACAAUGUGUCUAUCCUCGUCUUGUUCGCUUUUGGGACAACAGAGGCGCCUGAGUCGCUGCGACUGGAGCCAACCUGCCCUCCGCCCCUGGCUCUCUACCCUACUGAUUAUUUCAAGACAGUUAUAAGCAGAUGACGACCCGAAAGCCCCUUUGGACGUUGAUAUUGCCAGACCGUUGGUUAGCCAAUCACCUAUGGUGACUGUGGGCGCAAACCUGGAGAGUGGCAGACUGGGAAGGAAAUACGGCUUUUCUGCCCAGAGUGUGCACCCCGUCCUUUGCCUAGACAGAGUGCCUCGGAGAGGGAGGGAGAGAGAGGAUUUGCCGAGAACGCAGAUUCUAGGGAGAGUUUCUGCCUCCCGUGUUGGUCGGUGACCUAACAUUUCCGCCUACUCAACUGUGCUCAGACAUUCAACUACGACAGUACUGCCUCGGCCUGGGAAAUAUUCAUUUCAAAAGCCACGUUCAAAUGGCAUUUACUGAUUUAACCGGAUUAUUGGACAGGAUACAAAUGUUCUUUCGUUCGACUCCUUUUUCUGUCCAAAGUAGUAUGCACUGCUCAGGCUGAAACUUCUUAUCAAGUAGAUUUAUUCGAAACCCUGUCUUUUAAAAGCCCUGGAAGUUUCCGCAUGACCGCUAGAGAAAAAAGGUACCUGAAAGAUCUGCACCCCGUAUCUGCGUAUAAAGACCAAAGGAGCACAACUGUUUCCGCAGUCCUUGUGAAGCUUAGUCCCCCCCCCCUCCCCGGUGCCCUUUGUAUCUCAUCCCUGUCUGCUCAAUAAAACGCUACGGCCGAGAAUAGUUGAUGCUGGACGGAACCAGAGCACAUGUAGAAGAUGUCUAUCUAUUGUUAAACUAUACAGAAGACGUCCAUUCUCUCAUUAUUGUGAAUGGGACAGAACAGAACCCAGCCUCAGUCCUACUUGCCAAAAACAUACUUUCAAGCUGAACACCCUAAAACUUCACAAGAGUACACCUUGAUGCCUCGGUUUUGCCAGCCUUGGUGAGGAAAUUUAGGUGAGAAAAGAUUGUAGGCAGUCGUCUUGCUAUCGGGUUUACUUUAAGGUUAUGGUUAGGAUUGCACUUAGGACGAAACCUAAGGUUGGGGGAGGUUGUAACCGUCUCUGACCAAGUUUUCUUCUAAAGUGCUUUGGCAAGACCAAUUUAGGGGGCGCCAGUGACUAAUGUUUACGCCAAACUAAGUGCUUAGGCUGCCUUUAUGAUGAGGCGAAUUCGCGUUAUCGGACCAAUCUUCUCACUUCCAAGUUAAGAGCAACAUAAAACCUCCUCCAGAAACCCCAUCUAACUGAGUUUAGUGGGUGGUCAUGAGGACUUUUGAGGACCUUUCGGAGGAUUCAACCUUCUACACCACCUGACCCAUGCGUCCCAAAGUUGACACACAGUUAUAUUAGCGCCUCCUUUUCCGUAGCCUGUAUUCAUUCCAUUCUGGAUAAUGGGGAAAACUUGCGUAUAGCCUAUUGGACGCUAAUACCGUCGUGAGUGAUAUAUAGACCUGUCGUGUAAGAGCAUUUUUAUAGAGCUUGAAGUAGCACUUCCUUCUCAGACUUUAUUUUUAAGUUAAACAUGGCGUGAAGUUAAGUCCCAAUUAUUCUUUCCCGUGAAUAGUACUGUGGUGGUUGAUUUGGUAGAUGAAAAACAUGGUAGUGGGGAUCGUUUAUAUGGUUCCACGUCGAGGCUGAGGGGUAGGAGCGCCCUCCCCUCAAUACUGGAGGCCUUGCGCUAAAUUCCAUUGGGAAACAUAUCCCCGUGUCCUAACCCUAACGUGAGCCCUAAUCAAAACCUUAACCGUCACCCUAACCCUAACUUCCCCGCAUUUCAGCACAAAACUGCCUCCAUUACGGGGGUUUCCAUUUCCGCGUCCUGCCGGGGAGAAGGGCCGCAUAAAAAGCCUUACCAACAAGAUAAAUAGGAGGAAAAUUGUCUUUAAUCACCCUUCCGUCUCAUAGAACGUGCAGUGUGUUUAUUGUCGGCCGGAGGUGGAUUGAUGCGUGGAUGGUGCAAAAGUGAUGGACGAUGUUUCCAUCGCCGGAGAUGAUUUUAUGUAGCCAUUCGUGAGUGAGCGCCCCGAUGCAGAUAGUGACUCUUACAGAAGACUUUAUCAGCAGGUUUAGUUGGUCCUUUGUGAAGGAACGGUAUUUCGUCGCAUAGGUGCGCUGCAGCACCGAGGAGGAAGCCAAACCUGCACCAGUAUCUAGGGCACCUUUCACUCCCUCCCAGUCCCCUCCCCCCCCCCUCCUCUAGGAUAGAUGUCUUCGCAGUGUUGCAAAACAUGUCUGCACUAAAGUCGUGCACACGUCGAGAGUGUUUUCGGGCGACGUCCGAAGUAGUUUCUCAUUACCCUAUUCAAAAAACUCUGAGGAUAGAGUGUAUCCUGGAACGCAUAGACGCUGGAGUCAGUCUGCCAACUGCUUGUAAAGGCGAAGGUUUCGUUGCCAGACGCGGACACACCUGCGGCUCUUUACGGCGUCAUUUGACGCAAUCGUCUGACCAAUCAUUACAGAAACGCCAGGAUGCAAAUGGCAGGCAGCGAUGAGGAGGGGAGGGGUGUUGUUGUUGUCAUACCUAGCCUACUUUCGAGAGUGCAUAAGUAGGUUGACGACUGAUCGUGGAAAAAAAUGAGCACGCAUUCCCACGCACGCGAUAUGCCUCUAAGCAUGCUUACCCCCACCCAUGGGGUCGUCUGUCACGAGCUCGAUAUCAGGCAGUCUUCUGUCUUCAAUGCAUUUAACACCUAGCCUUUUAUUUACAAUAAUGCGCUUUAGAGUUCGAAGAUUCAGUUGGUCCCUCCACAUUCCGCUGUGGCUACUUUUGGACGAUUUAUUUCGGCGACCUAUCCAUGGAAUUAAUUCCUUUGAUUAGGUUGGCUAUCUCGGUGCACUAGAUCCAUGAAUUAUUUCGUUUCGACUAAGAAAAAAAUAAUUAGAGUGGAUAAUGUGAGUCUCUUGCAACAUUUAUCAAAUUUUAGUUACAUUGAUGAGAUAUUUUUAUUGACUCCAGAGGAACGAAAUCUAUCGACACAACCAGUCAUAACAUUUCCUCGCGUAUACGUGGGCUAUAGCCGGAACUUUGAAAGCGAUAGAUUCUAGACUUUGCUGUUGUGGUCAAUGGAUUGUAAGCUGAUCUAGUUCGGGCAGGCUAUAAUAAACUGCGAAUGUUAACGGUCACGGAAUACCUGCUGUUAGACCGGCCCGGAUAACCGGGUAGGUGGGCUAACUCAUGCAAUGUCAAAAAAAUUGCGAAAUGAUUUUUCGUUUCGAAAUGAUUAAUUAACAAGGGUUGUAAAACUAAUCAUCGUGCAGCGUAAUUCUAUAAUAAUUCAGUUACCUCAGGAUGCCAGCUUUUGACCGAACUUCUUUCCGGCUGCAUGCAAAAAGUAAACUCUGUAAAAAUGACUACUUGAGUAGCACGCAUUUUUCUCAUUGAUUUUAGAUGCCCUCAAAAAUUCAAUUAUAUUUCACGGAAACAUGCAUAAAAAUAUUCAUCCUUUUACUGAUUCGGUGGGAAUUUACGUCUUCUUCCAGUUUUGUACUCGUAGGAAGGAUAUAAUUCGGUUUUAAAAAGUUUCUAAUUGUGAGAUUUUUUAACGUAAUUUUCUACCAAAUGAGUAAGAGAAUGAAUAUUUUUAUGCAUGUUUUCCGUGAAAUUUAGUUGAAUUUUCAAGGGCAUCGAAAAUCAAUGAAAAAAUGCGUGCUAUUCAAUUAGUCACUUUUUUACAAACUAUAGUUUCUGCAUGCAGCGGGGAAGAAGUUUGCUCGAAAGCCGAUAUCCCGAGGUAACUGAAUUAUUAUAGAAUUAUGUUGCAGGCUGAUUAGUUUUACAACCCUACUUAAUUAAUCUUUUCGAAACUAAAACGCAUUUCGGAAUUUCGGUUGGCAUUUCAUGAGUUAGCCCACUUACUGAACAUCUGCUUGUCUGGUCGAUCUGUUGCGACCACUUCCCCUCCGCCUUCUCGAAUUACUUGGUGGUUUGUCUUCCUAACUCCCAUGGACAGCCUAUUACUGAAUGAGUGAUCUCUGUACGCGAAUUUCGUAGGACGUCUCUUGAGCUCUGUAUCGUUCAAGAGCGGACACUUGACAGUGUGCAUCGCCCUCUUGGUUACUACCCUUGUUUGAUUAGGUUUUGAGACAUCCAGGAGGUCUUUGACUUCCCGUGGUCCGUUCUAAGCACUGCACUCGAUAGUAAGUCCAGGGAACAUUUUGGCGUAUGGUUUUGAAGAAUACUGAAGAGUUUUUGCCUUUCGAAACUCUAAUUACUUCCCUCUAGGCCUGAGUGCACAGAACGGCUUGAUGUUGUCAUGGUUGCAGCUUCUAAUAUCCUUCGCGUGCCUCAGAAGUUUUUGUAGCACUCAUGCGUUAUUUAUUUCCACAACGUUUCAAGAGCCAAUAGGCGCGCAGUCUUGUAAACGUCAGUCCAAACCUUUAUAGUCCCCGAAUGAUUCCCAGUUAAUGCGUCCCUAGAAGAGAAGGGGCCGAGAAUGCUAAUCGAUGCUAAUUGAAUUCGCUAGAUCUGAAAGGUCAGCCUCCCGAAAAAACCCUCCAAAGCCCCGGCCAAACAACCUCUGUAGCCUUAUAUAAGAGAGCCGAGACUUUCCGUGUAUUAAACAACAUCCAGCCGGCCUACGCCUCUUCAGUGUCGAACAAAUAUUCACCUGGACUGCCCAAACGUUCGACAAAAUGGUAGAGUGGCACUCACCGGUCGCGUUACGGAACUCAGUCGUGCUGUUGGGCCUUCGGGCUCUCUCUCGAACUCAACCGGUUGCCGCACAGCGGCGUGCAGUAUAGGCAGAAUAACAUUACCCACAAGAACAAGGGAGGCUUGAAUGGUCACUCCUGGCUUGUUAGCCGUCGUCAGCCAUCCAUGCGCCAUCUGGCACUCGAUCCCGCGACCUGUUGGUUAGGAGUUCAACGUCCUAAACACUGAGGCACGGGGGUUCGUUGUCCUACCGUUUGCGAUCGGAAAUAUUAACAAUGACGGAGGGCGCUCAUCGGUAGACGAAAAUGCCACCUGAAAGCGCUGUAACAUUCAAUGGGCAAGUCCACGCUAGGGGCAUCUGUGACCCUCCUUCGGGUCUCUGACUCUUCUCCCUCGCAAGCUCUGCGUCAUAUAUUCUGCUGGGGAACUUUGCUUCUUUCGCAGAAUGAUCGAAUGUACCGUCAAAAUAAAGUAAGUGUGCAUUCGUGUACCUACGUCGACGACUGGGACAACAAGUGGGACGUGAUGGACUCUGUCCCGAAGUUCCCUUAGGAUUCACGACGAGACAUCUUUAAUUUGACUCCCCAAAUUCCCCCCUCCUCAUCCCGGUUACACCGACAGCCCUUGCGACUGAGGUUCAGGACACCGGAAACAGCCUCUAACCACGUCAACUUCUGGCCUCUUCCUCACCAAUAUUCCUCGGUAUUUGAACGCGUUCCUCCAAUGCACUCGGCUCUAUUUCCCUCCUCUUGCGGUGCGACGGGCUGUGUGCACCUCGAAAUGCUGUGACGCUUCGGCCCUUCUAAAGGUUUACAGUGUUCGAACCUUAAAAGUCCUGCCGGUUCGGUCUCGUUUCACCCUGCGUUAAGGGGGUGCGCAGGCGACCUGUGUGCAUUUAUGCAAGCGCUGUCUUCAGUUCACUAACCGUUGUUUACACUGCCUCUCCCCCCUGUCUACCCACAUGCGCAUACGUCGAACGCUGACAGACUGCAAAGUACAGCCCUGCAGCCGUCCGUUUGCGGGAGUUCUGGAUGAUCCCAAUCCUGCGUCCUGAUUCAUGUUGGACUUAGCGACGAUAGCGUUAACGGCAAAAGUGGGAACCUGAAGGAAUUUCUCUGCCAGUAAUAAUUUACUCUCCUGUUGAUUUCUGCUCACUGUGCGCUAGCCUCCCAGGACUCUAGACUGGAACUCUAAAACACAACGGAACGCCGACAGACCCUGAACGCCUAGUUCAAAUUGCAGGACUUUCGGCUCUAUGACUAAAUGGAUGUCUGUUCAACGCUUGUGACCUGCCAGCCUGAGAUCUGAAAUCUUCCUGGCUACCGAGAACAAAUAUGCCAUAACUGGCCUCUUUUUUCUUUUUUUGUAAUGGUUUUUUCAUUCCUGAUUGCUCACGAUUAUUGGCCAUUUUUGAAAAAGCUACGAGACUGCAGGACAAUGUUUUGCAAAAAUUAUCACGAUUCCCCCACUGAAACCCACGUAUUAGUGUUUCUAUCGUGGGAGAACUUUCCGUUUCCCGUUGGACUGGAGGACCCAUGUAUACGCAAACGUUGAAAAGGAAGCGUCCUCUGAACCCAAAGUCGCCCUCCUAACUGUGCCCGGGUCUCACUAGACGGGCGAUGAACUCCGAAAACUAUGUGCACGUCAGUCAUUCGAUCCACUUUUCCUCGAACACGCGGUUAACUGCCUGUUUUUUGUUAGUCGAGGGAACAAUGGAAAGAUCAUGAAAAAAAAACGGUAAGGAGAGGGAGCGACGUAGAUGAACCAACAUACAAUCUGCUAAAGUCGUUGAAGAAGAAGAGGAAAUCGGCUCAUUUGAACUUUGCACCCGGAACUGCAUUAGAAUAUCAUUUCAGUGGGGGAUACCGCACUGCAGAUACAUAUGCACAUAUACAAUGGUAGAGGAGACGCUCACUGAUCGCGUUACAGAACUCACUCGUCCCACUUUGUGUUUCGGAGCUCCCUCUCGAACCCCGCCAGUAGCCAUACAGCAGUGCGUAAUAUGGGCAAAAUAGCAUCACCGGUUGGCUGGCGACGUCUAAUAAGCCAGAAAUGGCCGCUCCAGUCUCCCUUGCCUUUGUCGGCAAUGCUAUUCUGCAUAUGUAUACGUAUGAAUUUGAAAAUGGGCAUCCCAAGAAGCAUAAUUCGGAAGAAAUAAGUCCUUUGCGAAAGAGAACACAAUUUAUUUCAUAAAUUUUCGACCUUGGUUCCCCAAGUCGUCCUCGGUAAAAUUUAAGCAUGCCUUAAAAUCAAUAUUGCCCUGUCACUCCUGUCGGUCAACCCUUUACUGUGGGUUGAUAUCACGUUCUGAUUGGCUAAGGCCUCUCCCACUUUUCCUUGAGAUUGUACACGCAAUCCAAUCCGACGUGACGCUGGAAAAUGGACACAAAUUUGCCUGGAACAAGACUCGCACUAUAGGUGUCCGUUCACGUAAGAAAUGCCGGAAAUAUUCAGAGACCAUUCAUUCUGUUAGCCAAUGCAUCAAUCGACACAGCGAAUUGGGUGCUGUGUAAAACAAUCUCAAAGAAAAGUGGAAAAGGCGUUAGUGAAUCAGAACGUGAUGUCAACUAACAGAAAAGGCUGACUGGCAGGAUAGACAGGGCAAAAUAAAUUUUCAGGCAUGCUUAAAUUUUACGGUUUUAUACACCUGCUUCACGUCUGAGGACGACUUGGGGAACUAAAGUCGAAAAUUCACGAAAUAAAUUGUGUAAUCUUUCCCAAAAGAAUUAUUUCUUUCGAAUAUAUGUAUAUAUAUAUAUAUAUAUAUAUAUAUAUAUAUAUAUAUAUAUUAGCAGCGAGGAGGGACGACAUAUAUAUGUGCGGGAUAGUACUACCAUCAAAGAAAAGAAAGACUUGAGCGGCCAUUUCUGACUUCAUCUACAGCUUCCUUAAUUUUUUUCCUGUUAUUUCCCGCAUUGAUUGCACUUGACCUUAAGAACGAGGAGAAAAGGAGUCUCCAGUGCUGUCACUUGCUGCUAAUGGAUAUUGUUGCAUGUGACGAGGUUAACCUUGCAUUAGUGCAAAAUGGGUCUUUGGGCCUGCGUAGUGACAGAGUUUCUUUUGAGGGGAGUGGGGGUAAAAGUGGCUAGAAGUCGCCUGAAUCAGCGUCCAAUGAUCUGUCCUGAUCCCAGCACACAGUGUGGGUAGCCUGUUUUGCUAUGCGACUCCUGUCUCCGGCAAUCGGUGGCUGGUGGACGGUAGCAAGGGUACGGAAAUCAAGAUUCCCUCUUCCAUUGUUUUCGUCGUUAGUGCCUCUAUAAUAAACCUAGCUUGAACUGACUUAGUAGUGCCUCCAGUUAGAAGCAAACUAGCUCAAAGUGCAAGUCGCCUGUCCCUCUUUGAACUCGGAAUCCGAGUUCAAGAGCUGCUUGCCUCUGUUCUGACGAGGGUUUUAUACCACUUCAAUGUAAAGGUACUUCACUUGUACGACUUUCGACAGCAAAUAUAUAAAACAGAUGGGUCAAGCCUCUGAGGAUUAGAACCCCGUGACCUCCAAUGGCACUCUUUAUUCAACUCACGAAUGGUCGUCACGCCUUUCUGCUGGGUGUGCGUUGCAAAACCAACAUUCGGGUUGAUCAACCCUAAUUUGUUCGUCGUUGAGUCAUCUCUUGGGAUCCCAAAACGAAAUCAAAUCAAACCUCCCAGCGUCCCCUGUCACUGGGACGGCUGCCGGCAAAUGUCAAAUCAGAGGGUUUUUCAUAGCGCGCAUACGCGAUUGCGGGGACGGAAAAUGGUGCAGACGCAAGCCCCUGGACGUCUAGACAGGGCAGUAGCUGGUGCGCAUUACCUGCAUGCACCUCCGCACAGUGUGCAUUUGAGUGCUCACGUGCACCCUGAUAUUCAGAUCGGGGCUACUGCGUGCGCUGACAAGACAGCAGGGCGGAGGGGGAGGGGGGACGGUAAGCAGGGCGGCGACGUCAGACGCACUGACGACAGCAACCCCCACCUAUGAUGAAUAACCUGUCCGGCGGUACAGUGACGAGGAGUGGAAGUAGCGGUUGCGCGGCGUUUGGCCCUUUGGCAGGGAGGGGGGAGGGGUAGGCAUACAUCGCUGUCUGCAUGUGUAGUAUAGAUCCAGGAUGCUCGGUCUCGGUUCGCAGUUCAUGUCGGAAUUGAGACAUUGGCGGUUGUGUAGAGCUAGUUUAGGACCCAUAGUUCCCGGCUAGGGAGUUCGCAGAAACCUUCUUAAGAAGAAAUUUCCUUUGUAGCUUUCGUCGAUCAUAGACUGCACUUUCCAAGUCGCAGAAAAAGUUUUGCAAUAGAAUGCUUGCUGAAAAGGCACGUUUUUUCUCGAAUUUUCAGCUUCUUGUUGACGCAGAACCAACCAUGCGACGGGGCGUUGAUGAGUACUUUCAGCAAGUGAACCCCAACACCAAAGUCCGUUUCAUGGAUUCUGUACAGAAACUGGUGAGUGCUGUAACCUUCUGCCUACUGCUCAACUCGUUCCAUACCUUGUCUGUGUACGAGCGCUUUUAGGCCACACACACCUAGGGCCGGCAUCUUCUAGACCUCGAAUGCGUACGACCGAGGCCGGCCACACAGGACUAACCCUCAUAGUUUUCCGUCGUUUUGCUUCAUUUCUCGCAUAAGAAAGUCUAUUCGGAUCAUUUAACGGUCGGAUUUGGUUGGUAGGCCCACCUGAAGAAAGCAAACUCCAGUCACCUCUAAUAGGGGACCGGUGGUAAUAGGAUUUUACAGGUGGGGCCUGGGAACGCACAGGCGACGAGGUCAAGUAGUUGUAUACAAAAGAAAAGCUAUUGGAAAUGCGCGGUUGUACUUUGAAUGGGUGAGAAAUAGGUGCGCUAACCCCUAACCCCUAACUCUAACCCCCAAUCCUAAACCCUAACCCCUAGCCAUGGCCUCUAACCCUAACCCUUAACCAUAGUUCCUAACCCUAACUCCUAACCCUUAACCCAAACCCCAACAGUAUUGUGUCCAUCAGGCGGGGUUACCAAACCACAUCUUACCCAUUUAACAUUUCGUGCCUCUCAGGGAUAAUUGUCAAAUUACACAUGCCCCUGUCAAGGAACGCCAGUUCAAGCUCUAACCGUUCUACAAAAAAAGGAAAGCGCUUCACGCUACCUCACGGCACACCUCUGUAUUUCCUUCGACACGACUUGCACUUACUACUGACACAGUUUUAUCCAUACUCUGUUUCAUUUUCAGCUCAAGUGUUGCGGCGUGACACAUCCAAGGGACUACAGGAAUCACAUACCUCUGGCCUGCUGCAACAUCACAACCAGCUCCUGCCAGACGACGCCCAUUGAGGAGGAACACGUCUACUCCGAGGUGGGUCAACAAGUCUUUUUAGGCAACUGCGUGUCUUUGGCUGCGUCCCAGAAUCUACCCGAUCUUGGACAUUGCUCGUGAAUGCGAUAGAGGGGGUCAUGGGGUAGGGUGAGUCACGUGGUUGUGCGGGCGAGACGAGGGAACGAGCGCACACCUUUCCCGUGACCUCACAGUCAGGUUGCUGGGACGACUGUGCGCAUGUUUUUGGCUUCCAUAGUGUGCCAAACGCUGUCUACAGACACCUCCAGAGGCAUGUUACCUCUUCGCCAAAUUGGGCGAGUUUGGUUGGUUGGAUUUUUUUACGAGUCUCGUGUCACUAAUUGCGUCCGCAUCCGGUUGCCAGGUUCAGAUGUCUGGACGGGCUCUCUCGUAGCCUGCCCCCUUCUACCGGGCAGGCAACUGUACCACGAACUUUGAAGAAUGAGUUUGAUCUGCAUGCAGGGGGUAGGCGCAGGUCUCGUAUCCCAUGUCCCCGUAAAGUUUGACCGUUCGUCGGUCAUGCAUUUUUUUAAAAAAGUUGCAGUAGUUCUCAUUGUAGCGGUUGACGAGAAGUGGGAUCUUUCGGAGAUAGAAAAUAUGUGAAGUCAACGCCUGUACAAUUUUCGGCGAGACAAAAAUGCCUGUCAGAUGACCACAUUGGGGACAGGCAGCUGACAGUGGUCACACGUUAACCUAAUCGAUAGUAUCGCAUAUUGAACCCGAAAAGUUCGGAUAUUUACUGCAAAAGGAAGACCAUACUUCAAUUUCAGGGUGAGUCCAAUUUUCCUCGGGAAAAGUUGUAAAGAGAAAGAAGCGGCUGAUUACAAAUAAAACAGCACUUAACUUUGACAACUCUUAGAAUCGUCCUUUUAUCUAGGCCCCUUAUGCGUCUCCUCCUGUAAUCUGUUUAUGCGAGCCAAUAGGAUCAGGUUUUGAGAAUGCACGGCCUCCCUCUUAUAGCAGGUGCGAGCUAAGGCUAUUCAGGGAUCCGCUAAGGUUUCGUAAUUGCCAUCGCGUCUGUGCGUCGUUAAACCAGCUUUCACAGUUGUGGGCGAACAUAAAUCUGAUGGCUUCAAUAACCGACACUCGGAUAAAUUUGCCUGUAGAGAACGCAGGGGCCAGUAAGUUGUCCUCUGAAUAAAGAGGCGUAAGAACAGAAGUUUCGCUGCUCAUUUAACCAGAGACGGUUGUAUUUGACGGUCAAAUUUUGCAAGUAGUAUAAGAAAGGAUAUGUGUACUGUUAAAGUUAUUGGAAAGGUGACGCAAUUCUCCGAGCAUUUUUGCUAAUUCUGGCCCUUCCUCCCGCCUACAGACGUCUUUUAGGUAAGAUAUGAAUCUGUGCACCUUCUGCAGCAUUUUGACACAAGACCACCUCCAGUAGGGAAUUGUGAUGAAAGGAAUUUUAGGCGUGGAGCCCUGACAGCCCUACCGAAAGCUCAUUUGACAUCCCCUUUCCUGAUCAGUUACCUGGCCAUUUCCCGAUAAUAGAUCAUGCAGUAGCUUCUUUAAAAGAUCGCGCGCUUUCCCAUUGGCUGCUUCUUUUACUCCACAGGGUUGAAUUCAGAUUUACUUAAUACUCUUUAACAGGCGUAUAGCGUGAAAAAGUUUUUUUGGCUCUCUAUAUACUUUCAAUCAUACCGUUCGUUCCUUUAAAAGGCCUAACCCGCAUAACCCCCUCUAUCACCAUUCCCAUCUCAUAGGUGGUCCUUCGUUAAAGUGUUGGGAGGGGGGGGGGCUGUAUACAGUCAUAUCCGACCAUCUUUUGUCUGGUAGCCUGAAGCAUCCUGAUCUUGUGCUUAGCUGCUAGUUGAUCGCAAUCGGGAUUACUCCUUUGCACUUCCUUUUGGCCAGUGUGGACUUCUUAUUUGCGUCCCACUACCAUCUGUCGCUCUUCGCAAUUCCACUUUUGGAAGUUCAUUAUUUUACCCGCAGAAUAAAUUAAAAAUGACAGGCGUUGGGUGCGCCUUUGUUUUGUUUGGAAAAAAGCCUUGGAAUGUCUACCACUGCAUAGUUACAACUCCGAUGUGAGUUCAACCAUUCGCAGUCGCAGUCCAGAUCUUUCCCACCGAGGGAUGCGUGAUGACGGCAACAGAGGGGCAACAUGCAAUUUUUGUCUCCCCAACUUUUUUCCUCAUAGAUAAUUCCUCUAAAGACGUCUCCGACUGUUACUCCCAUGGGAAUGCAUAAGCCACCCUAGGACAUUGGCAGCAAGACUUAUUGAUAAUCUGUCGAAAAAACCAUAAUCAGACCUAUUCAGAGGAAAUGGGCUUCCACUGGAAAUAAUGUUGCCCCGAACAGAGGAGGUUGCAUUAUUCCCUUUAUGGUCGCUACCUCGGCGGCCGUACGCGUGCAGAGUUUGCAUGACUUCUUACUCCCCCCAAGUACGCCUGUAAAUGGCCAUUUAAUCCAUGUUGCUUGCAAAGCCUUGAGAGAGCGUCGACGAGAAUGGACGGAGGGAUAGGGGUUGGUUGUUGUCCGACUGCGCAAAGGUAACAUUUGAUUGCGUGUUUGGAGACCUAAUCAGUUCACAGGAACAACUUAUUUAAGCAUUCUGAGGGAUGGAGAGUUACUGCGCCCACGAAGAAAAAUAAGGAACAAUGGAGUGAGUAAUAUAAUCAUCUCCUGUUAGUAGGGAAGGAUGCUGGAGACCACUAGCGUUGUCUCUUAGCAGGGACAAUUAACCCUUUAUCCUCCACUGUGAUAACUUCCUUGCUUAAUUAGACGCAUUUUAUGCAAGUUUAUUCAGCAACUGGAAUUAGAGGGUUUCUGUAACACGGCGGAUCGCCUGCUUUUAAUUUUUUUGAACGCACACAAGCUCGUCUAGGUCAGAAAUUGUACGAACGCUAACCAUUCUCUGUCUCCUAAUGUCUUCCUGAUGCUCUUGAAAUAGCCCACGAAUAGUCUUGAAAAACGGCUGGUGAACUGAUGAAGGCCUGUUGGUGACCUCUUAUUUUUCCAUUUGUGAAUACCCUCCUUACUAUUUACCGUCUCUGUCUUCAAAUUAGACCACUACUGAAAGAAAUUGACGAAAGUUUACCUUGCAGGGGCUUUUAUAAAUGACCCCGGAUAAUGAUAAGUUAUUAGACAUACCCUCAGCUCUUUUACUUACGCACACAGGGAGGAAACAUUUUGGAUCCACGGUCUACCAAAUUCGGUGUAAAUUAUCCCGGGAAAACAGCCAAUUCUAUUAAUGAAACUGUUACUUGUGCUUAGGAGCGACAAGCUUGUGAUAGGAAUACUGCAGUUUCAUAAUGUCAUGUAAAGGGCACACAGGUCUCGGAGUAAAGUCGGUGGGUACUCCUCGUAUUGCAGAUUUCUUUGGACUAAAUUCCGAGGGGAUUUAGGAUUAGGGUCGGGGGGGGGGUGGCGUAAAUGGUAGGGUUGUGGUCAGGGUUAAAGUUAGAACACGGGAAUAGUCCUACCUGAAGUACAGGGAGUAUUUAUACCCGCGUGAACCCGCAAAGUGAUUAAGACCUUAGGCCUAGCCUAGACUUUUAUCCAAACUUUCGAAUCGAAUACUGUGGCUUUGACGGAACAGCUGCGCGAUGUUCGCACGUGCCUGCGUCCAGAGUGAAAAGACUAUCGGUCAUUUGGGACUGAGUUGACGUUAACGGAAGGGGGGAGGGGUCGCCGUAUGGCCAUGUCUGUGGGGAAGACAGAAAACAAAAGAGCAGUGAGCCGAUAACUGGUGGAGUAACACAUAUGGCUACGGUUUGUCAGUAAUAUCUUUCAAGUACUGAUCGCUCGUCGCCAUGUCAUUGCGACAUUCACCCGAAGCGUAUGAGGGAAAAAAUAAAGUCUUCUUGUGACUUAUCGGACAGUAAUUUGACUCGAAAAGUUUGAUUGGGAAACCGCAAGGAAGAUUAAAAGAGGCUACUGGGGUCUUGACCGACGUCGACAAACCCUGUCCGAACUCCAGACCAGAAAGACCUGAGUGUUGAACUCGAUCCCCUAAGCCAUUGUACUAUAGGGUCCAACACUUUGGCCACGGGCUCGGUUUCCAUUAGCCGCGUCUAGGCCACCACGAUUGCACGCAUUGGCAUUUUUCAGGUUUAUGCUAUGUAAGCUAUGCGUGUCUCAAACAAUAAGGCGCGACUUACACAUGAGAAAAAAUGUUUGUCGUUUCCGCCUAAAAUCUGCAAGACAUGGGAAUAUGAACCCCUGAUAAUAACUUUGAUUGGCUAAUAUCCCCUAUAACUGACGCCUGUUCUUUUGCUGCUUUUAUCUCUGGCGAUGGACUUCUGCAUUAGUUUGAAAGCUCAGAAAGAUAAAUGGUUCCCCUGCAUGAUUAGUUUUCCUCCUCUCUUCUCGUACAUACACCUGGAACUCGAACUUUCGCCUCUAUUUGCGAAAACUUGGACAUGGGCUAUGCAGGCGGUUACAGAUAGCAGAAAUGACGUGCACAGCAUCGGUCUUCAUCAUACUUCCUACCUCAACCUGGCACGCAUGUGGGAGAUCGAGCACUUCACUCCCCCCCUCCCCCCUUCUGAACAUACCCGACAGGGGUGAGGGUUCCUCAACUCAAAAGUAUGAAUUUCAGGUUAUCCAGGCCCGCGGCCAGGGGUAGCUGGUCAGAGCUGGCCAUUCCAGUGUUCCUUGUCUUUUUCGGUGGUUAUCACCUGGCAUGAUGGGCAAACUGCCGAAAGUCUGGUCUCCCUGAAAUUUAUCGCAGCGUCGCAUGUGCUAUGGGGAGGAAGUUCCUUUUCUCGUUUUCUACCCUGAAAUUCACUCUUCUUUUAAUGAUGAUAAUACUACUAAUAGUCAUAAUUGUACUUACUACCAGUUUACAGGCAUUGCCAAAAAGGAUACAGUACGGAUAGGGCUGGCAGUGGCAGAGUAACGUUCAACUUCUCAUAUUUUAACAGAGUCGGCGUGGUGCCGACUUAAGCUGGAUCCUGAGUAGCUUUAAUCGAGAGUUUGAGAAAAUCAUGAGCGUGAAUUCUGUAGCAUCCGGACUACUUUGUCCUCUCCCCCCCCUCUUGUUGCCACUAGUGUUAAUACGAACAGCGUUAAUGCUCUUACCACUUCUGUUGCUCUUGCUCACACUGAUAGUAUUGUUGCGAGUAGUUGUAUUGCUUCCACAACCACUACAUAGACCCUGUCUCAGCAUGUUUUGGCUGUCACAGACUGCUGGUUCCAAGCAUGCGGUCACGUAGUCGGCCUUCGAUACUAUUUCUAGAUUUAAGGGUCGGAUGUGAUUUUGUAGCCCCACUCGGAGUAAACAACUCCCAGCGACCUCUAAUACGGGACCGGUGGUAAUAGGGGUUUUUACAGGUGGGGUCGGAGAACGCGCAGGCGAUGAGGUUAAGUAGCUGCAUGCAAAAUAAAAGCUAUUGGGAGUGCGCGGUUGUACUUUCGAUGGUUAAGAAGUAGUUGCGUUAACCCCUAACCCUAGCCCCCCAACCCUACCCCCUUACCCUAACCCCAACAGUAUUGUAUUCAUCAGGUGGGGCAAGUAAGCCAAAUCUUGCCAAUUUGAGCUCUGAGCCACGGUUUCCAUGUGUAGACUUUUCAUAACAUAGAAAACUCUCUAAAAACUCUUUCUACUUGUGGUUGCUGCCAGCAGAUCGAGCAUAAAGUACCGUUUUAUUCCUGCGCUAGAGUGUAGUCUUUUCUGCCUGGCCUUAACUUCCAUCGAGGGCUGCGUAAUCCCAUUUACAGCUCCCGCCGACGCAUCAACCACAACUGCUGCAAGUUCAGUGUUAUUUGAUAUCGCGCGCGUCGGACGGAUUUUGGGUAGCUUCUCAAUUUACGAGCAGUCAGGCCUGCGCUACAGCCCCACUCAAUAAAUCCCAGCACUCAUUUUACUCCGCGCUAGACCGUGUUUACGCAGCCAGGCCGCACCCGUGGUGGGAGCUUUAACUUCCCCAGUCUGUCUGACCGAUGCAGUUAUCCAACCGCAGCCCCUAGAUUCCGCAUUUUGCCCAAGUGUGGUCUUUGCCUCCCGCCCGCCCUCCCUGACUGGCUGUCGUGCCAAUGGGUGGCAGUUCUGUAAAAAAACCACAUUCCCCACUCGUAGGUCAGAAAAAAUGAUCGCCGAGCUUGCGGCAAUCUUCACCUAGUAGUUGAACUGAAGCCGGACCUGGCCUGAAUUUCCGCGAACACUCAGCAGAGGCAUUCCUAGCCUCUAGAGGCUUCCGUCAGGUAGUGUUUAGACGUCACUGUUUUAUGCUUCUUCCGCCUGGGGGAAGAUAAAAUUUUGCUCCAUCGCGCAUAUAAUCACCGACUGAGGGGCUGCCAUAAGUAUUUAUUAACAACCCAUCCAGACCGCUGAUUCAGGCGAUGGCAAAGUCGUUCCUACGCCUAUGUGAGCAGCCUGAACCCUGCCAGGGCUUCAGCCCCCAAACUCAAAUAGUGGAAAUGUAACUGAAUGGCAGAACUGAACAGCGCAGUUGAAAAUGACACUGUCUAGAACAGUUAAGCGCGAUAUGGGAACGCAGCAUGUAAUACUGAUCAGACAUCUGGAUGGGAUCGGCGGGAAGGCUGUGAAAGGGUUUAAUCAGCGCGUGCGCGCUACUUGUGCAGAGGUUAACGUCGUGAGCUCCGACUGGCUCUACGUUACCGCGGCCCUUGAGUAACCUAGGAGAUGAGCAAUCAUUGCGCGAAACAGACCUUGAGUGCCAGCCUUGGAUUCAGUGUGAGACCAGUAUCCAGCAGGUGUUUUGCGAUUGCACUUGUCCGUACCUUCUUUUCAACUCCCAUCAACUACUGUGUCACCUGUCUGGCCCACCGAGCUGCCAACUGUUUUUGUGUACGCCCUAAGUAUUUGCAUCCUCAUCUACAGGGAAACUCAUGAAAACAGUUAGAGUUGACAAACAUACGCAACGCUGGUCUGCUCGGAGUGGGUCCCUUGGGGGGAUAUAAGAAUGACGACGGCGUAUGCCAGAAAAUGCAAUUUUCCGCCUUGUUCAUGUGCACGCACAGCUUCACACAAUACGGGGGUAAGCCUUUGUCCAACCUCACGUCCUUCUACUGAAUGCUUACGUUUGCUAGGUGCAGUAGAAUUUCAACACUGCCAUAGUUGGACAGCAAAAUGCACAAAACUGAACCGCAUCCGGCGGCUGAGUCACCGUCCUGCGAGCGCUCGACUAACAACUUCACUGUUCCGCCCCUCCUCCUUCUUCGUGUGGAAGACUUUUGCCGCGAUUGGCCGCACAAAUACACACCAUGCCCUUUCCUGAGGUAGAAUAGGUCAUUUUUGGAGUUCUGUGAUGUUGGGUAUACAGUGCUGCCGCCGUCACAUCCUCUCGACCAUAAAUUUGUAAGUGCGCAGGCUACAAAACCCCCGUGACUCACCACAUAUACAAAUCGAGCUGCGCAGAAGUGACUAAACCACAUCUGUAUGUCUUCUGACCGGUCCUUAUUUUUAUGAUGGAGUCGAGGAGCUGAGAUUUUCUUUGUGCAUCUUCCCUGUUUUUUUAAACUUCCUUUUUUUCUCCAUUUACUUCAGGGCUGUAUACGAAAGUACAAGCUAGUGGCUGAAGAUUUUCUGCACAUUUUCUUCCUCGUCAUUGUGGGCAUCACCGUCUUCGAGGUAAUUUCCUCUCGUCAAUGCAUGCUACCGCUCGUUUCUCCCCGUCCCCCUCCCUGAAACAUUUGCAUAACUGCCUGCAGUUGGUGUGGUCGCUAUCCACCCUACUCUCCGUCUUGGAGUCUGUAUGGGUAUUCGCCUGAAACACGCCUUAGAUGGAGAUUUCACAUAUCAUCGGCUGCUGCGUCUGAACUCAUUCCCAGGCACCCUGGUCCGACCGAGCCAGUGGUGUAUGGGAGAGGGAAGGGAAAGUGAGGUCGAUCUAACCGCAGCUCAGGGUUUGGUUCUUCACUCCGAACAAGCUAAUGCUCCAUGAAACCAUCGCGACGCCAUGGACGGUUGCCAACCGGUGGGGCCAACUCGGUUCUACGGUAGGUGGGCUAACUCAUGAAAUGUCGACCGAAAUUUCGAAAUGCCAGUUCGUUUCGAAAAUAUUAAUUAAGUAGGGUUGUAAAACUAGUCAGCCUGCAACAUAAUUCUAUAAUAUCCCUCCUUCGAGUAUAAAACUAGAAGAAGGCGUAAUUAUCUACCGAAUGAGCAAAAAAUGGAUAUUUUUAUUCAUGUUUCCAUUAAAUAUAAUUGGACUUUUAAGGGCAUCGAAGAUCAAUGGGAAAAAUUCAUGCUACUCAAGUAGUCAUUUUUUACAAACUGGAGUUUUUUGUAUGCAGCCGGAAGGAAGUUCAUUCGAAAGCCAGCAUCUUGAGAUAACUGAAAUAUUAUAGAAUUAUGCUGCAUGAUGAUUAGUUUUAUAAUCCUACUGAAUUAAUCUUUUCGAAACGAAAACGCAUUUCGGAAUUUUGGUUGACACUUCAUGAGUUAGCCCACCUACUGUACUUGGCACCGGGGGGACAGGCCGCAGUGGCCUAGAUGACACUCAAUGGCGUACGAUCCAGGACCCUUCGAAUGAAGUCUGUUGUGUGUGGAAUUAGGGUUGAGGUCAUGUGUGACACUGCGUCCUUACCCGUCUCCCAGUCGUCUGUGUGAAAAGAGGUAUGUGCAGCCCAGGUCCGCUUCACUAUAAACCACUUCACGAGCAAGUCGCAGCUGCCUUCAUCUCGUGGGACGGUUGUGGACCCAGUGCCCCCUGAUGGGUCAGCAAACUCCAAUGAUGAAUGACCGCGUAGAUCGUUCUUAUAUUCAACCCCAAAAUCGGACUAUUCCAGUGGUCUCCUUUUCUGCUUCUUCGUCACAAAUACCUUUGUGCUGGACACAACCGUCUGUGGACCACCUCUGGAAAGCCGCCAAUCGGGUAUUUGUCCACUGCACCUCGCCCCACUCGAGGAACCCCUGGCGCCCGACCGGACUCCAUGCACCAAAUUGUUCGUGUAUAUCAAAACCGACAAGGAUGAUGCUUAUUUGGGUAAAAUCACCCCAUGCAGCUCCUUAGAGCGUAGUUUGCAUUUUUUUCACUUCACUGUAUCUUGACAAGGAGGUUUGAGAUCAGGGUAAUGUCCGUCUUGUUCUGAACAAAGAGGAUAAUUACUCAUUGAUGUGGCAUUCCACAUGGUCCUCUCGUCUGUACUGAUACGAUUUUCUACACAAGACUUUGCAGUAAGUUUUGAGAUAAAAUUGCAAUGAAGACUAGAAUUACGUGUUUUUUGAGGAGAAUGCACAUUGCAGUUAUGAAUACGCCUUCUUAUGAAGGAAAAAAUUAAGAUUAACUUUGGGAUUCCGCCUUUAAACCGAGAUCAAAGCUCAGGGUUUGGACCUCUUUGGGGCUUUUACAAGAUGAUUCUACUCCUCUUAUAUUGACUGAACCCCGGGUUUCAGUUAAAUCUUCAACGUUUUGGCAUCUCUCCUAAGGCCGCUGAAGGUCGCAGUUGUUGCAGUUACUACGAUAACGGCUUUUGGGCAGUCAUUUCUCCAGAGUACUAAAUCUAUGACUGGUUAUGGUCUGGAAUGGCCAUUUCUGGCUUAUUAGCCGUCGUCAGCCAGCCCUACCCGACCCCGAAGUGUGGAUCACUCGAGGCUCGAACCCGCGACCUGUUAUUUAGAAGUCAACGCCUCUAACCACUGGGCCACGAACCCGUUGCCUUGUCGGUGUCGAUCGGGAAUAUACAAUAGUAGGGGGCGCUCACCGAUCGUCCAUACGGAACUCACUCGUUGGUUGGGCUCGAGAGAGAGAGAGCCCGUAAGGCACAACGGAACGAGUGAGUUCCGUAAGGACGAUCGGUGAGCGCCCCCUACCAUUGGUUAUGGUCUUCUAACAUUCCCCUUAAGGUCAGAGUCCGGCACUUCUAUUGGGCAGAUGGGCUAGAUCACAUUUUUGGCCAUUAACCCCCCCCCCCGCCUUUCGCAUGCCCAAUUGUUACUCUUCUCAGGUAAUGGCGAAGCAAAAAGCUUCAUUCAGCAGCUUUUUACUCUCCUGAUGUUUGUUUAUUUAUUGUCAUAGGCAGUUGGUUGUUUGAGAUAAUAAACAUGUCAACUUUAUUGCGGGAGUAGAGACCGACUACCACCCUGGCCCGCGGUUGUCGGAGCUUCUGUUGCUGCUGCUGCUGCUGCUGCCCUAGCAGUCUGUUGCAGAAAGGACUACUGACCCAAAUAUGAUUAAAUUCAAAUCUCCCACCGGCUGUACUCAAGCCUUGCCCUAGCUGUCAUGGGUUCGAAUCCCAACGAAGUCGCCAAGUUGGGUUAAAAGGAAUGACACAUUGAUAUCCUCCGGGUGCAUUGCUUACGAAAUUCGCUUGAAUGCGUGCCUUAAGUGCGAGCCCGAAGUAGCGCAGGGGGAUUAUGAUGGCAGCUCUGCUCCGUCUCAUCUGAUGAGGCGAUUUUCCAUCCCUCUGCUUUUGCAAAUGACUUCUGCUCAGUCAACUUUUUCGGCUUAAGCAGAAAACUCCUCGUAUCUGUGCGUUAUUGUCGAAACUUUGCUAUAGCUUCUGAACGCAGUUUCACCGACAGCAUGACAUCAUCGCAAGACGGCACUGCUCGCGUUUCCAGUCCACAAGUUAACUGUUACGCGCAGAGUAAACACAGGGGUAGGUUUCUAAAUGUGUGGACUACUUUGUUAGCGCCCAUGAUGCUUAACUCAUCCUACAAUGCGUCGACGGAAGUUUUAGUUACAUCUUUUAAACGAUUGGCCUUUUGCAGGAAAAAACAGCUGAAUUUUGCAAAUUUAAGUUUAAAAUGAUAACAGACCAUUGUAUACGCAUUGGGUACAUUUUCAAAAGGCAUUGGUCAUAUCCCCAUCCCAAGAGGAGGGAAAGUACGUACAGGGGCUGAUCGCAUCAGACCUUUCGGAACUAGGAUUCAGACUGGUGGUGAACUUUUGCACCGGCUUAUAUUGCAUGGACAACACGCAUUCAGGGCAUAAAUGAUAAGGUACUUUGAGCAACCACUCAUACAUCAUCCGGAGGCUUCAACAGCCCUCAUCAUCAGGGAUUGUUGUUUGACAGGAAGUGGACUCUGAUUACGAAUGUUAUCCAGAUGGACGUUGCCGCUCUUGGGCUGGAAAACGCCUAAUUAUACAGCACCACUGGUCUUGGCCAGCCCCUUUCAGCGUGAGCGGACCAUGGCGUCAGGGCAGUCUAGAACCUGACAAGACCGCAGUGGCUUGAGUCACCUUAGCAGAAGGGCGAGGGAAGGUUUCUGCAGUUCUCUGUGCGAGAGUGGACAUCUCCAUUCACUCGUACAGCACACCAGGAUUGUGUCCCGGACAGCGGUUGAAGCCCUUUUCGGGUGGCUGACAACAUUAUCCACUUUGUAGUACGUACCACAGUUUGUGACCUUUUUAUAAGCGACCGAUUAGCCGGAUCAGUACUGAGUCACGCCCAAGGACUAACCACUCACCCCUCCGCACACAUACAUCAAAAGUUAUGGCGUCUGGCCUUCACCGAAAGCCGUUGCAGCAGCCGUCGUCUGUCCGCACGCCAGACGGAUCUCGUCUUUCCCGAGCAUCGGAGGUAGUACUAUAUUUAUACCGCAGCUCGCACCUCGCCAUGAACGAAGGCGGCAACACUAAUGGCAGCAAGUGCAAGCGCGGCCUUUAUUACGUUGCUUAGACCCAUGGUUGCCCACAUCACCCCCCCGCCCCCCCCCCUCCCAGUCUCGCCGACCCGAAACCGUCAUCAGACUGAUCGUCAUUAGCGGAGGGGCAGCCGUCACUGCGAUCAUGCCCUGCUUUCGCUUAGGAGCCGUGACAACUGACCUCGGGGUAGGCAAUUUGCCGGUGCGGCGGCAAUUCACACCCCAACGACGAGGCUGUGAUGGAAACUGUGAUGCAGUCGCCAGAGAGGCAUUCAUUGCGUGUCCUGGUUGCAGGACAAAUACGGAAAUUCUGCCUGUUUCCCCCUGUAGCCGACGCCUGCAGCUCGCAGAAGAGUUCGCUUGGCAAUCAGUAGCCGAGAUCUAUUUUUUCAAAGGCGAAGAGGAAUGGGGAUACCGUUUUUGACCUAUUUGGCGUUGUUGUACAGCCAUAUAGCACAGGUUGGUGAAGGUCGCUCCCUCGUGACCUUGAAUAUUUCCGCUUGUGACCGUUAGGACGUGGGCUCAUAGCUAACUAGUGGGACGUUUGCCUCAGUGUUCUAUGGACAAGGAGAUAGAGUUCGAGCCCAGGAUCUUUCCAGUCUGAGGUUAGAAUAUGGCUGAAUGAUGAAGGCGAAUAGGCUUAAAAUCGCCAUUCCGGACUUACCUAAAGACUUUUGAAAACGUGUACGCCUUCGAAAAGAAUGCCUUCCAGGUUGCUUGUUCUCUGAAAUUGGAGCUGCCUCCAUCGUUGCUGCUCAAUGUUUAUAUAGUGGAGGACUCUUUACGUUUCGCGAGUUACGAGCACAAAUAUGGCACUGGUCGUGUUAGUGUAAACUAGCCAUUCUCCUGCAGGUAGUUUGAUCGUAAAAUGUCGGACUUUUUACUAGUACGAAAACCGUUAGUUACAAUAGCUGCCCUUUAGUUAGGAGGCGUACGAAUAAGUUUUUACCCACGGAAAGGGUUUUGAAUUUGAGUGUUCUGACUUAUUUUACAUCGAUCUCUUCUUUUUCACAGUCCACAUUCGAGUUAGAUUAAAAAGUACUCAGUUUCAAUUGCUAAUGUGUUUAAAAUUGAUUAACAGAAAAAUCCAACGGUGAGUAAGUAAGACAUUGUUUUCUGUCGUCCUUUUCACGACUUCAGAGGAAGUAAGAUAUUUCUGGAUGAGUGGCAAGAAAGACCCUAAUACCCUAGAUGACACUUUUGCCUCAGCAAACCUUUGGUUUGCUUGCCAUCCCUAUCUUUUUAGAUUUCUCUAUGUAUCGACAGGCCCCUAGACAUACUCUUCAAUGUUUCAUUAGGACCCUAAGAGGACAGAAGUUAUUGUCAUCAGAUAGAAAAAAACGGCUAGAGGCUUCGUUUUCGUGGACUGGAGUCGCAAGUAGUUAACAGAUUUUAUUCCUUCGUCGCCAAUGGAGGCGAAUAGUUAAGUUGCUGGUGAGCAUGGAAGAAGACUGACCAAACAUCGGAACGUUUUGUUUAUUUUUCUGAACUUUAAAAUCCCGCAAGAGUCCAUCGUUAGAGAUGAUGGCAGCAGCAGCAGCAGCAGCAGCAGCAGCAGCAGCAGCAGCAGCAGCAGCAGCAGCAGCAGCAGCAGCAGCAGCAGCAGCAGCAGCAGCAGCAGCAGCAGCAGCAGCAGCAGCAGCAGCAGCAGCAGCAGCAGCAGCAGCAGCAGCAGCAGCAGCAGCAGCGGCAGCAGCAGCAGCAGCAGCAGCAGCAGCAGCAGCGGCAGCAGCAGCAGCAGCAGAACAAACGACGGUUAUAGGUAGUAUUAACCGAUCAACGAUUAAUGUCUUAAGUCUGGAAGUGACUACGCAGGACUCUGUACGCCGGCGCCAGAUCGAUAAAUCUAUUGACCGAGUUCUCAUCCGAAGCCCAGGCUUCAAUCAAUUCUCGGCCUGCUUUGUUUCCGGCGUGGGCGACUAUUUUGGUGGCUGCGAAGUUAAACUCGUGACCCAUUUCGUAGGUGUAGGCAGCCACUUGCGAUAAUUCGUCGUCCCCUCGCACGGCCAGCUGAUGCUCGUGUGUUCGCGCGAUCCGAGCAUGCGUCCAGUCUGACCUGUGUAGUUACAAGGACAGUUUGGCCACGAGAUACGAUUCACAGUCCCAGACUGCUCCUUAUAAUCUAUGCUUGAUUUUGGCGAACUUGCCGAGCCCGGUAGCUUCAGGCCUGCGUGCGAUCACAACACCAAGUCCCACAGCAAUGCGCUCGGUAGCCUGUGAAACGACCUUAGUGUAUGACAGAGCAUAUCACACAAGCUCAGAUAAAUAAACACACUGUUCCGGUGCUCGACUAGUCUUAUUCUUUUAACUUGCCUAUUUCUUUGUAAACGACGCUGGCGAAGUGUGUCUAGGUGUUCCUGAGGGCCGUUUUAUUUCUCCAGGCCGUCGACUUUUUCGAGGAGUAAAACCGUGAUUGACAUGUUACUGUCAUGAUCUGCCAGUACUUUUCUUGCCCUUUGCGUUAAAACAUGCUACUGGUUAUUUUUUGCCAUUUGCCUCACCGGAAGAAUUUGACCCUGGAUAGUUAGAGAUCCAUUCAGCGUGACUCUGUAGAUUUACGUGCACUCUUGGUAGUGGAAAACCGCUAAAGCCAGUAAAUGUUCAGAAAGAAGUGGUCGUCGAAUAAUCCACGUACAGAUGCCCCUACGGUGGGCCAGUUGCGCCGCAGCUCACGCCGUACCCCGAGAUUGGCGCUCCUAUCCCCUCUCACAACGUUUGAUGUCAGGCUGUACACGUCUCCGUUUUCCCUAAUCUGCCUUUGUAGGCAAGUUUUUCUCGAGUCAUGUAUGCAUUUUUAAAGCGUUCUUGUGAUUUUUGGACUACUUUCCUGUGCUCACUCGCCAGCUUGACGUUCAGAACGCACGCAUAACAGUGGCCUUCGUCCGUGAACUCUGAUAGCAGGACGUAAAUUGAUAGCUUCCGUUUGCCUUUGCGUUCGAAGUCUAGAGCUCGUCAAGAUUGUUGACAAUUGACAAGUACAGUAGGUGGGCUAACUCAUAAAAUCUCCACCGAAAUUCCGAAAUGCGUUUUCGUUUCGAAAAGAUUAAUUAAGUAGAGUUGUAAAACUAACCAUCGCACAGCAUAAUUCUAUCAGCAUUCUGUUAUCUCAGGCUGCUGGCUUUCGAAUGAACUUAUUUCCGACUGUAUGCAAGAACUAUACCCUGCAAAAAAUGACUGCUUAAAUAGCAUGCAUUUUUCUCAUUGAUUUUUGAUGCCCCUUAAAGUCAAAUUAUAUUUCCUGGAAAAUGCAUAAAAAUAUUCAUUCUUUCGCUCGUUGAGUGGAAAUGUACGUCUUCUUCCAAUUUUAUACUCGAAGGAAGGGUUAUAUUCGGUUUUCAAAAACUUCUGCAAUUCCCGAAUAAUUUUGAACCCACUCUGCCGUCACACGUGCAUUCGGGGUUUUCAAACUACAAGCCAUGUAUUCUCCGCGUACGGAAAACCACACAUUUCUCUACGGUGUUGACGGGAGACCAUAUGGGGUUCAUACAAUUUAGCAUUUGAUUUGAUCCAUAUUGUUAAUUUUACAAGCCACAUUGGUGAAUUCAGAGACAUGACGUUUUAUGAACGGCCAUUUCACCGUAUUUAAAAGUCUCACAAUUAGAAACUUUUUAAAACCGAAUAAUAUCCCUCCUUCGAGUAGAAAAUUGAAAGAAGACGUGAUUUUCUGCUGAUUGAAUAAAAGAAUGAAUAUUUUUAUUUAUUCCAUAGGUAUUUUGGCAGAUUUUGAAUAAUUCAUAUUGACCCAACUGUGAAAAACUCGGCGCGUCGGUGGGAUUCGAACCCACUUAGUAAGGAGAAGGCUUUAGUACAGCCAACGCUCUAACCACUUGAGGUACGAGGCCCCGCCGGACGACUCGAGUUUAAUCACAUUUGGGUCAAGUUUACCCGUCCAACCUACUGCAAUGUCUGGAACCCACCAAAUCUGAUACAGUAAGUUGAAUGUCCAAGCAGGAUUUCCUAUGUAAUUCACCUAGAAUCCACUAGAUGACUACCAGGCUCACGUACUUCAUAGGUGAAUUACUUAGGAAAUCCUGCUUGGGCAGUCAACUUACUGUAUCAGAUUUGAUGGAUUCCAGACGUUGCAGUAGGUUGGGCGGGUAAACUUGACCCAAAUGUGAUUAAACUCGAGUCGUCCGGCGGGGCCUCGUACCUCAAGUGGUUAGAGCGUUGGCUGUACUAAAGCCUUCUCCUUACUAAGUGGGUUCGAAUCCCACCGAGGCGCCGAGUUUUUCACAGUUGGGUCAAUAUGAAUUUUUAUGUAUGUUCUCCAUGAAAUAUACUUGGACUUUUAGGGACAUCGAAAAUCAAAGGCAAAAAUGCAUGCCACUCAAGUAGUCACUUUUUACAGAGUAUAGUUUUUGCAUGCAGCCGGAAGGAAGUUCGUUCGAAAGCCGGCGUCCUGGAGUAACUGAAUUAUUAUAGAAUUAUACUGCGGGCUGAUUAGUUUUACAACCCAACUUAAUUAAUCUUUUCGAAACGAAAGGCGUUUUGGAAUUUCAGCUGACAUUUCAUGAGUUAGCCCACCUACAGUACACCUGCUUGUCUGGUCGAUCUGUUGCGACCACUUCCAUUCCGUCUUCUCGAACUAAUUGGUGGUUUCUCUUCCUAACUCCCAUUGCUAGCCUAUUGCUGAAUGAGUGGUCUCUGUAAUCUUGCCGUUGGGAAUUACGGACACCGAAAAGGGCCUCGGGUGUUCUAGUGAGUGGACUUGGGGUAUCGCUGGCUACCGACGGCUUACCGACCACAAAUGGCACUUCAAUACUCCGUACUCAUACACAAACGCUCACGCGGAUGAAAUAUUUUUCCCCAACGCCUCCCACAUCCGUAAACCGCUCCGGCUCUGAGCUUACGUAAAUGGUGGCUUUCAGAAUAUCGAUUUAGGUUGGAGGGCUGCGGACAGACUGUCUGCGAUGGUCCCACCCAAAUAAAAACCCAGGAAAAGAGGGACAGAGAGAGAGGUGGCUGUUUUUAACUACAAUGCUCGGCGGCGUUUACAGGCUGUCAUGCGCAGGACUGCGAGUUACGCGCAACUAGACUGAAAUCGCCUGCAAAAGUCAGGUGGGCAAACGAUUCACGGGCAGACCUCGACAUUGGUUAGCCACGAGCCAAUCAGCUGGCCAAGCUGGCUAUUGCACGACUGCACUGACUACUUACGGCACAGCCUCCUUGACGAGGUCAAAUGAGUCAGAGCUUCCUCGAGGCGUUUUGAUCGCAUCUCUCGUUUUAAAUUAGGCAGCCUGCACAAAUCAGCCAGGCCUACUAGGACUGAGCUUCGGGUGUGUGACUGGCUGACCAGAAAUGACCAUUUCAGCCUCCCUCAUCCUUGUAAGAAAAGUUUUGCUGUUACUAACUGCAGUAACACGGCCGCUUGCGAAAACUAUUGGUCGGAACUACAGAGCAAAACGAAUCGCCCCUGCCUUACCCUGCAACCAGGUCAAGUUGGUGACUGUCGCCCCCCCCCCUGUAGCUUUGAAUGUUUUCCAUUGCAUUUGACGGGGACUGAGUCAGAUUAACCAGACCCAGGCCAAAUGCGCAGGUCGUUCAAGCCUGCAGUUGUGGUAUGACUGGCUAGCAACUGUAUCUCACUCCCCCCACUAUACAAAUGGUCAAACUAAACACGAGAUUCUGCGUUCUACUAUGACUCGAAUGCCCAUUCUCACUCAGGCCUCACUCAAAACGUCGACCUUUCUCAACCAGUGAAAACUGCAUUCGUUAGGCUUUACACGGUGUACACGCGAAUAGAAGGCAAACCAUGCGAAGCUUGUUUGAAUGCAUUUCUGAAUUAAACCGCCUGCGUUUGUACUCUUCUCAAUAGACUUCAGUAUUACCAAGAGGCUUUUUACGAAUUGAAAAGGGUUUCGAGUAAUUGGAUUAGGAUGAUCACUCUCCACCUCGUGUGGGCAGGCUUCGGCUGAACUGCCCAGAACGGUUGUGACUGCAAUUUCGUGAGACCACCGUAUCCACCGUAGGGAUGUAACGGGGUACGAGAAACCAAGCCUACGUGAACGGAAAACGACGCCAGCCCAGUUAACACCUACUAAUCAGGGGGGGAGAGAUAUUCGAAUGUGUGUUUGAAUUGAGUUCAUCGGUCAUGUUACGUGACAUACCCCGUUGUCUUGAGGCUCAUUAUAGAGCCCCGAAGGCAGUCAUGAAAGGGGUGUCAAUAAUAACAAAGGACACUUGUAUGGCCAUUUUUGGACUAUUAGGGAUCAUCAGUCCGCUAUACUCAAUCUCGGGUUUUUGGAGCAUCUGGAAUUCGAACUGGGGAUCUUUGGUCAUUGAGUGUGACGCUCUCCCAUUGAACCGCAGGCCUGUUGUCCUCUUGGUUGCAAUCGGGAAUAUUAACUCUGUUGGAAUUACGUUCAUCCACCGAGUUACGGGACAUGCUAGUAGGAAUAUACUAAAGGUCGCUAUGUUACUGUUUUCGCGGGCUUUAGAUUGGACCUCAAGGCAUAGUGGGACGAGCAUAUCCCGUAACCCGAUCGUUGAACGCAAUUUCAACAUAGUUGACGUUCCCUAUCAUAACUGACAGAAAAACGGGCCCAUGGCUCAAUGGUAGAGCGUUCGAUUCGGUGUCCAAAGGCCCCACUCAGAAUCUCAGAUGCUCCAAAAGCUCGAGGCUGGGUAUGGCUGACUGGUGACGGCUAAUGAGCCAAAAACGGCUAUUCCAGUCUCGACUGUCUUUGUCGAUAUUUUUUUAAUGGAAUACGUGUCUGUGGGAUUUACGAGGUGAUUAGGCAGUAACAGUGCGCCCAGUAGCAUAGCGCCUGUCGAUUCUUUCGCACGCAAUUGUAUAUUCUGAACUGGCCUCGCUUAGCUUCCAACUCCUAUCUUUGACUACAAAUAGUCGCAUUCGCAACAGCCACACGCACGUAGUCAAUUUGACUGACAGACAGAAAAAGCCCCUCACCGAUACCGAUUACUAUUACCUGUCUUUCAAACAGGCAUGUUCGAGCGUGUGGAGUUCGGCUCAGCGGAUUAAGCAGAUGCAGUCAACUGCGGUCAAUCAGACGAGUGCUAAGGCGAAUUAGCGAACUCAUGAGAUGUUUGAUUAGCCACAACGCCAAAUAGGAUUUUUCGAUGCCUUGACGCGGUUUUGCACUCGAAGCCGGAUGUGGAUUAGGGGGGAGGAGGGACAGGAGUAGGAUGAGACCACUGCGCAGUUCCGCGUACAAGUUGCUUUAAUCGUCGCGGUUGAUCGCCGUUCCAGUUGUUGGAUAAACUACCGGGUGUUUGUGUGCUUUCGUCGUUACCCUCUCCGCCUCUCUCUCUCUCUCUCCCAAGUGGACUGCGACGUUAGGCCUGGGCAAAGCAGAGGCCACAUCGCCGGGCUACGCUCAGUCUGCGUGAGACCUGAACUACUGCGAAACAUGCGUAUGGCACGCUAUGUGAGCUUUCCACUGCACCCAUGCCAUCACCAGUCUGCUGGAAGGCUCGAAAAAGCGGUAAGAGUGCGUGAGAAAGGCCCCGUAAAAUCCUUCCUCACGGCAAAUCGACGUUUUCAUUACUAUCAUAAAUCUAACGUGCCUGGAUCUCUCACGGCGGCUCAAAGGCAUGGCCUGAGGGAUCGCCAGUUGACGUGGUAAUUCGGUUUUCCUUCAGUAAAGAGGGUCAAACUACAGUGGCCUUCAGGACACUUCUCGCACCUAUGAUAUUCAAUCUCGUCCGUGACACGCGUUAACUGACAACUUUGCCCCGCGUCCAAUUUCGUUUUCGAUCCACCUGACUCAAACAACCGACUGUGUGUGUGUGUGUGGGAGAGGAAAGAAGAAGAGAGACCGGUUCCGUUCAAAUUCGGCGCUCAGCUCCCACUCUAAACAAUUGAACGCACCUGGAAGGCUGCCAUCGUCGGUUUCGACGAUGUCCGCCAUGUGCUCCACAGCAGGGCAUGAGCAGGGAUUUGUGCGUGAAUUAGUUUAUGGUGAUUGUAGACUUCCACUUCGUCUACCGCAGUCUCUCCUCCUCUCCCACCUGGAUCCGGUGUCAAUACAUAGCCGAAAAGACCGAAGGCGGGAGAAGCCGCAAGUGGCCGCACGGCGAAAUCUUCACCAAGACGUACCACUACGUCCCCUGAUCCACAGCAAACACAUAAUCAAGAUUUUCAACAAUAAUAACAGUGCGGGCCGGGGCGACAGUGGUCCCAGUUGGCUUGGCAUGAGUCGGCAACUGGGCCUGCCACCGCACCCCGACUGUUGCCACUUGUUAUGAGUGUGCGUUCCCGAUAACGCCUGCCAGAAUCCUAUCUAGCCUCCGUGUUGGUUCAGUGGCGUUUUCCGUUUUAGGGGCAGUCCUUCACAAUAGAACCUAUAUGACACCCACAUGCGAAGUCUAUAUGACAUCCAGAAUGAUGUCUGGUAAGUGUGGAACUAGGGAUACGAUCGUAUGUGGCAUACGUGGAUGUGACCCGCCCUGUCAACUGCAGCGUCCUCUUCCAUUUUCAAUUGCGUGUGUCUCAUGGCGGGUGUGGAAAAGAGAGGGUGAGGUUGGCGCAGCAAAAGUCUGGCCCAUAAUAAAUUACUACAGGAGCACAUCACGACCACACCCACUUCUCGGGACAGUGGUGGUCCUCGUCGCUUGCGACUCUUGAACAGUCAUGCUAGUACAUGACAAACGGGUGCUUUUGUGAUGAAAUUAAGUUUUUGGGAACACUGAAGCCGCCGUGAUCAACCAUUCCUAGUCUACGACAGGGCAAAUGGCAUCCAGAUGUCCGAGGUAGUCCUCCGACCAUUUAAAAAAAACAAAGGCUUCGUCAACCAGGAAGUCCUCUUUAAGACACCGCAAGGGAACCAGAGAAUGAGUACAACCAUAACAAGUUCGCCGCGAGACGAACUGGAACUGACGAUCCCGUUUGUUCCCACCGGCUGCUAUACCCAUGUGCUGUCAGAUCCAUGUCUGCCGAUUGUGUCUCAUUAAUCGACAUUCCAUCCGGCCCGGCUCGCAAUUCGGUCAUACUUUUUGUCUUGGCGACUGUCCUACCAGACGUACAAGGCAGAUCUCACGCAUUUGCGGUGCAUGAAACGACCGGCACAGUACGAAGAAAGUUCGCGCAGAGCAUUUGCACUGUUGGACGGCCGGGCUGCGACCGCUCAUAGGUAGCGACUGAGUGCACAAUCAGGGGUCGUCGUGCGGACUUCAAUCCACAGCAGCUUUUUCGCAUUUUAUCGACCAUCAGUGGGUCUUCGCGUCUGACGGUGCAUGCUUACUAGCUACGUUUCUUGAUGUCACCUGGCAGGACUUCUGGAACACAUCAACUGUCCGUUGCAAUUGUGCGGCCUACCAGUUAGAAUAGUUUGAUUAAGCUUUCAUUUGGCUACAACCACGCGCCCAUCCCUUUUCUUGACGUGUAUGCCUCGUGCCAACACUUUUCACUUCUCAGCCGUCUUGACCACGUAAUUGGGAAGGUGUUGCAGCAUGGGAUGUCCGCCACUAUCCCCUUAGGCAGCAACAUAUGGGGAAGUAAUAAAUUCCUUACAUAUAAGCGCUAUGAUCCAAGACGAGGGAGGAAUUGGCAUUUCUUGAGCUUGCUCAAAUAAGCAGUCAACUUGCGGGUUGCAUUUCCUUCGAGGGCCCUGUCACCAGAUGGCGUCGCUUAUCCGUACGAAUGACGAAAUACAGUAGGUGGGCUAACUCAUAAAAUGUCAACCGAAAUUUCUAAAUGCGUUUUCGUUUCGAAGAGAUUACUUAUGUAUGGUUGUAAAACUAAUCACCAUCCAGCAUAUUUCUAUAAUGAUCCAGUUACCUAAGGGUGUCUUCUUUCGAACGAAGUUAUUUUCGACUGCAUGCAAGAACUAUACUAUGCAAAAAUGAUUGCUUAAGCAGCAUGCAAUUUUCUCAUUGAUUUUCAAUGCCCUAAGAGUUUAACAAAAUUUAAUGAAAAAAAUGCAUAGAAAUAUUCAUUCUUCUACUUAUUCGGUAGAAAAUGACGUCUUUCAAUUUUAUACUCGAAGGAGGAGCAUAAUUCGGUUUCAAAAAGGUAUCUAAUUGUGAGAUUUUUUAAUGCCAUGAAAUGGCCGUUCAUAAAACGUCAUGUAUCUGCACUUACCAAUGUGGCUUGUAAAGUCAACAAUAUUGCUCAAAUCCACUGCCAAAUGUUAUGAACCUCAUAUGGUCUCCUCUUAAUACUGUAGAGGAAUGUAUGGUUUUCCGUAAACGGAAAAUAUACGGCUUGUAGUUUGGAAACCCUAAAUGCAAGUAUAACAGCAGGCCGGGUUCAAAAUUAUUCGGGAAUUAGAAACAUUUUUAAAACCGAAUUAUACACUUCCCUCGCGUAUAAAACUGGAAAAAGACGUGAUUUUCUACCGAAUAAUUAAAAGAAUGAAUAUGUUUAUGCAUAUUUACCAUGAAAUAUAAUUGGACUUUUAGGGGCAUCAAAAAUCAAUCAGAAAAAUGCAUGCUACUUAAGUAGUCACUUGUCGCAAAGUAUAUUUCUUGCAUGCAGUCGGCAAUAAGUUAAUUCGAAAGCCGGCACCCUGUGGAAACUGGAUCAUUAUAGAGUUAUGCUGCAUGAUGAUUGUUUUUACAAUCCUAAUUAAUUAAUCUUUUCGAAACGAGAACGCAUUUCGAACUUUCAGUCGACAUUUCAUGAGCUAGCCCAUCUACUGUAUUAAAAUGCGACCUCAUCUGGCCAGGCAAUCAUUGACCGGCGUCAGAGCACAGGGCUGUUCUCUGUGAACGAAGAAGGAAAGAAUGGCGACUCAAUCAUCAAGUCCGCUUGACUUUGACUUCAGCCACGCAUAUGGUCUCCCUUAGUCUGCCUGAGCAGCGUAGACCCACGUUGUCUAGCUCUUUUCUUAGUCUGACUGCUACUGACUGCGCAUUCUAGUAGUAAAAGCUUCUUUGCGUGACUAUCAGCCACAGCACAUCCACCAUUUGCUACAUAUUUCGGUCAGAUGUGGUUAUGUAGCCCCACCUCAAGUAAGAAAACCCCGACCACCUGUAAUACGGGGCUGAUGGUAAUAGGGGUUUUUAACAGGUGGGACCGAGGAACGCACAAGCGACGAGGUCAGGUCGUUGUAUGCAAAAUAAAAGCUAUUGGGAAUGCGCAGUUGUACUUUGAGUGGUUGAGAAAUAGUUGCCCUAACCUUAAUCCGAACCUCUAACCUUGACGCCAACCCCAACAGUGUUGCGUUCAUCGGGUGGGAUUACAUGACCACAUCUUACCCAAAUUUCUUUUUGGGGUGGUUGGGACGGAUUAUCCUAAUAAUUAUUAGGAGUUUAUGGGGUUUGUUUAGAAAACGGAUUUUUAUCAAGUGAAUAACCUGCUCAAGAUAAGAUGAAAACGAACCCGGAAACGACUUGUUAUAUUUGUUGCCGCUUUGUCGUCAGACUUAGCAGGUUACCCCCGAAGUGUUCAAGUAGGUCAGGGCAUAGCGUCCCCACAGCUCCAUAAACUUGGACAAUGUAUCUCAUUCAUUUGUUUAUUCUCCGAGUCAUCCUUACAAGUAACAGGCUCUUUUGAGUGAGAUCCGUCGUACAGGUCGAAUUUGUCUUUUUAUGAACUAUCUUUUUACCUCGACCAAUUUAGUGUGUGGCCUGACUCCCAAACACCGCGCUGUUUUGCGGUCCCAACUACCCAACGGCUUUGUUCUAGCAGCUCAUAGGCGACUCAGUACUUUGAAAAGACUCCAACAAUGCACCUCACCAAUGCAGACUCGACAAGGUGGCAUCUCUGCUUGUUGUGAUGGCCAUAAACCAUAGAGAGCGACCGGCCACUGCGACCCCCCAAUCGAGGGAACCUAAUUGAGCAACUAGUUUUUGUGGCAAUCACAUAUGUCUUGGGCGCGGUUUCCCUAACAUAUUGGUCGUCCACGGCCUGUCGCACUGUUCACGGCAACUGCAAUGUAAUGUUCACAAAGUGUCAAAGUCGCCCUGAUGGUCCACGGUCAGAAACUGCUAUCGUGUGUCUAGUUGGACUUGCACCGUAAAAACGUGCCUUCAGUUCCCACCUUGUGCAACUUGAAUUAAUUAGAGAUGACUUUAUUUUGACCCAACUGUGAAAAACUGGACGACCUCGGUGGGAUUCGAACCCACAACAGCAAGGGAGAAAGUCGAGUUUAGCUAACGAUCUGAUCACCCGAGCUACGAGGAUCCACCGGAGGCCGUGAGUUUAACCACAUUUGGAUCAAGUUACCUGCCCAGCUUACUCCAGCAUAUGGAAUCCACCAAAUCUGAUGCAGUAAGCUGACUGCCCAAGCUGGAUUUCUUAAGCAAUCCAUCCAGAAGCCGCCAGAUGACUACCAAGCUCACGUAAUUAAUAGGUAUUUUGGUAGAUUUUGAGUACUUCGUUUUAACCCAACUUUUCAAAACUCGACGACCCCGGUGGGAUUUGGAUCUGCCAAAACAAAUUGAUUACGCAAGGCCGGUAGUCUUCUGGUGGCUUCUAGAUUGAUUGCUUAGGAAGUUCUGCUUGUGCAGUCAGCUUAGUGUAUCAGGUUUGGUGAAUUCCAUACGUUGCAGUAAGCUGGGCGGGUAAAUUGACCCAAAUGUGGUUAGACUCACGGCCCCGUGGGGCAACCUCCUCGAAUCAACGGUUAAACCAAAAACUGUUUCGUGCAAAGAAGGGUGAGGAAACAUCCUGUUCUUUUGUCGCCAUUGCAGAGGAGCUCUUCGGCAUAUCCUCUGUUUACACUCUGUGCGAUAUGCAAGGUACCCGUAGACAUGGAUAAAACGCCAACUUUUGCCCGAGUAGGUUUACCAAUGGCGGCAAACUCGGUAGCUUUUGCUGCCAAAACACCUUGGCUGUCUCGGUGCAGCUAACUAGAUGUCCCACCUCGGAUUGCGUAGGAUGGAGUCGACUUUGACUGUCCGACGUCAUCAUGUACGCCAUAAGUCAAGACUGUUUGUUCUGUCGGUAUGUUUCUACGUCGGGGGAGGGGAAGGGGGAUUGUUUACUGGUAUGCCCUCGAACAGUGAAAACAAGGCGCUGUCGGGACGACAAUGUUCUUUUCUUCGCCCAGGUCUGCUCCGCCCGCGUUAGUAUAAUGGUGGUACGGCACGCGAAAAAGUACCCCCCCCUCCACGUAAUACAGGCGGCCUUGUGCUAAAUUCCAAGGGGGGGGGGGAUUUGGAGCUGGGGUUAGUGUCAGGUCUAAGGUUGGGGGGGUUAGUUUUAUGUUUAGGGUUUGGGGUUAAGGAGGGUUAGGGUUAAAUUUAGGACAAGAGAUUAGUGUUAACUCCUGAAAUUUAGCGUAAGGCCAACUUGUAUUAUGUGGGGGUGAUGUGCUUAUUCUCGUGUUCAACCAAGAUGACCACCUUUUGCAUGUUUUGUUUUCUCUCUCUCUCCCUGGCCUUUCAAAACUGAUUUCUCCACAGUUUGCUGCCGACUCUAACCUUAUUAUCCUUUAAGACUACGUUUCUGGUUCCUGAGAAUCAAGAGUUUGUUUCGUUUGCAACAGCAUAAGUUUCAGGGUUGCUUAUGCGUUAUCAGAGAGCCCUCGUCUCCUUCUCAAGGCACAGCUGCGUCUGUCCACAUUGCAGGCAAUAUGCCUUCCCCAUUACAAUUGACUCCUGCUCCAACCCAAGAGCCCAAGUCCCAGGACGUGAAAAUGGGGCCUAAUGCAUUCCCCGUGAGGACAUUAACUUUUUUGUUCGCUUGGAGUUGCGUCCUUUUGCUAGGCAGGUGUUUUUUUUAAUUAAGACCAUUUUUAUCUGCUGCUGGGGUAUGUCUGGUUAACGAACGCAACUAGGCCUGAAGCAGCCGCUCCAGCCUCCCCCUUUCCACUCAAAACUUCCUUAAUGACACUUCACUUUCCAAAAAGUCUGCAAUCUCAAACUCACUCCUACUCCACCACUAAGAUGUGCAUUGUGAAGUGCCUGGCGUUAAGCAAAUCAAUGAUGCCUUCAAAAGGGAAUUUUUGAGAAAGAAGGAUCCGCUUAUUUGACAGCUUGGUGAGACACUUAGCUUACAGCUUCAGUUAGUCCAUUUCCUUCGGCCAGAAAAUUAGCAAGCAGUUAAAAUGUGCUCGCUGUAGUUCACUGGGAUAUCAUGAGCCCAAACUGCAGUUUCUCACUGGGCUUGAACUGCUCAGGAACAUUCUUCCUUAGGAGACUGAUCACUGCUAGAUAGCGCUCACAAGAUGUCUUCGGAAGCCCAUGACUGUCGAAGCAUGUGCUUGGCGGGUAAAAUGCACACACGACUCUCCCUCUAUGUGCUUAUACUUGUAGUAAUCUCCGAAGCUCAUAAGAUCCAUCUCCCCUUAGUCGUCGCUCAACUCUAAAAAUGAGCAAAUAACUAGCCCCCUUCAAAGGAGAAAUGCUAAGAUUAACUGAGGACAAGAUUUUAAAGGAAAGCGGAUAAGCGACACGUUGCAAGUAAAUCUCGAUUGCGACAAAACAGGAUGCCUUUGCGCGCGCACAAGUUGUUGUAUAUUCUAGCCAAUAAAUGGCGUUAGUGGUUGGAAGUGUGUCUGCCGGCCUGACUAUUACUGUAAGAUAGACAAUUAGACUGUAACUUGUGGACUGCCGGGUGCAUAAUUCACUUGCUUUAUCACUGCGGGCUUUUGCAUUGGGCCAAAUUCAGGCAUCCUGAAGGAAAAUACUUUUGGUUGGAUUACCGUCUAAGGGGUUCUCUUGGUUUGGAUUCCGAAUACGAAACCGGUCUGGCAAGCCGAUAACAACUGAUAAGCCAGAAAUAAACAUUCCGAUCGCCACCAUCCUUUUUGGUAUUCCUUUCGCAGUAAAACUAUUUACAUGGUCCCAUGUAGAGACACGGGCUACUGUACAAGAAUGGGACCCGUGUGAUAAACGUCACCAGAAGCCAUAAUUCUGUCAGUAUAAAAACAGGACAACUAUCCUGUCUAGUGACGGAGUCUUUCUUGAGCCGGUGGAGAGCGUUGGAUCUGAAAGCGUUCUUCACCGUACUCAUGACCACCUUGAUGUUGAGGCGACCCUUUACAGGUUGACACGUAAGUGAAGAAGAAAGUGUGGGGGGGUCGAGCACCAGAACACCUCGUUCAUUGUCCCGAGCUUUCAGACUCGUGCAGGAGUCCAUCGUCAGAUGUAGUAGCAACAACAGACUAAGCGACAGUUAUAGGGCAUGUAAACCAAUCAUCGACGACGGCGCAAGACUGGAGGUGACUACGCAGGACUCCGUACGCCGACGCCAGAUCGAUAAAUCGAUUGACUGAGUUCUCAUCCGAGGCCCAGUCUUCAAUAAAUUCUCGGCCUGUUUUGUUUCCGGCGUGGGCGUCGCCUAGUCGCACAGCCGGCUUAUGUUCGUGUAUGCGCGAUCCGAGCAUGCGUCCAGUCUGCCCUGUGUAAUUAAAAGGACAAUUUUGACACGGAAUGCAAUACACUACUCCUGAUUGCUCUUCAGGCUUCAACCGGUCUUUAAUUUCCAUGAGCCUAUUGCGCAUAAUGACUAUGGGGCGGUGUGCAAUUCCAACACUUAGCUCCGCAGCAAUGCGCUCGUGACGCGUGACGUACUCCCUGUAUAACGGCCGACCACACCAUCUUUCAUAAAUUUUACCUAAAGACACAACUUCAUCGUCGAGUUAAUUCUAAUUCCAAAAUUGGUGCUUAAGCACAGUAUUUCCUUCUGAAAAAAGCAUUUUGCAGAAAAAAAUAUUUUUUUAAAAAUGGGCGGACUGAAAUAGCCACCAGAGAGUUGAAUCUUGGUCCUAUUGGUCAUCGAACAUUCAAUGGAAAUGCUCUACUGCUCGGACUACGACCUCAUACCUUGUUGGCUGGGGUCGAAAAGUUAUACAGGGAUGGCGCUUUGCCCACUAUGACGACGUUAGACUGAAUUUAUAAGGCAAAACGAAUUGAAUAUGUUCUUUUCUGCGAUUCCAUCGACGAAAUGGUCCUUCUAGUGACUCAAAAAUAGUUUUGUCGUAACUAAUUUGCCCAAGCUGAUCUUGCACUGACAUGGGGGUACACAGACCAACUGAAUGUGUUUUGCAGAACCAAUCAAAAACUGUGAAGGGAAAAAAGUACCAUGCUGCCCGCUGAUGAGGAAAAAUCAACGGGCGUUAGGGGCCAAGGAAAUUAAAAUGAAAAAGUUCAGGCUCUACUUGAUGACAGAAAAUUCGACAGACCAGUACAGAACUCACAAGCCCAAACAGUUGCAGUUCGGUUGGACAAAUUACUUGGCGAACUCAAGCGUAAUAAUUAGAUCCCGAUAAAUGUUUGACACCAGAUAAAACCGAAAAACGCUGAUUUAGUCGAUCCAAUGGGCGCCAAAGAUCCACAAAGCAAAUGUUCGCCGGCACUAAUCGUUACAUUAACAGGCAACGCCGCCUAUAAUUUGGCCGAACGAGCAUGUUCCGUAACCUGAUCAGCGAGCGCCCACUGUCAUAAUAGUAGAUGUACUAACUCAUGAAAUGUUAGCGGAAAUUUUGAGAUGCGUUUUCGACUCGGAAAGAUUACUUAAGUAGGGUUGUGAUAUUAAUUCCCGUGCAGCAUAAUCCCAUAAAAAUUCAGUUAUUUUAAGAUGCCGACUUUUCGGCAGCAUGCAAAAACUAACUCUGUAAAAAUGGCUGCUUAAGUAGCAUGAAUUUUUCUCAUUGAUUUUCUAUGCCCAUAUAGAUUCAAAUAUAUUUCACAGAAAACAUGCAUAAAAAUUCAUCCUCUUGCUCUUGUUUUAGAAAAUUACGUCCUUCAAAUUUAAUAUUUGAAGGAAGGGUAUAAUUCGGUUUUAAAAAAGUUUCUAAUUAUGAGAUUUUCAGGACAGUAAAAUGCCCAUUCAUAAAACAUCGCGUCUCUGAAUUUACUAAUAUAACAUGUAAAGUACGCAAUACGGCCCAAACCAUUGCCAAAUUUCAUGAACCCCAUAUAGUCUCCCCUUAAUACCGUAUAGAAAUGCAUACUUUUCCGUACGCGGAAAAUAUACAGCUUGUAGUUUUGAAACCCUGAAUGUAUUUGUAACGGCAGGUCGGGUUCAAAAUUAUUCGGGGAUUGGAAAAUUUUUUAAAACCGAAUUAUACCCUUCCUCCAAGUAUGAAAUUUAAAGAAGACGCAAUUUUCUACCAAAUGAGCAAGAGAAUGAAUAUUCUUAUAAAUUUUUUUGUGAAAUAUAUUUGAAUUUUUAAGGGCAUCGAAAAUCAGUAAGAAGAGCCCUUAUUGCUUAAGUGCCCAUUUUACAGAGUUGGUUUUUGCAGGCACCCAGAAGAAAGUUCAUUCAAAAACUGGCAUUCUGAAGUAACUGAAUUAUCCUGGGAUAUGUUGCACGGCGAUUAAUAUUACAACCCUACCUGUGUAAUCUUUUCAAGUUGAAAGCACAUUUCACAGUUUCGGUUAACAUUUCAUGAGUCGGUACAUCUACCGUAUGCACUCUAAACUGAAGUCCCUCCAAGGCAAUUCCACUACUUCACUCCGAUCAGCGUCCCAAUUCUUUGGAGACCUCCAAGGUCGGAAGAUUCAGUAGGACGAAGUCGUGGUUUUUUUCGAUCUGACAUCUUCUAUCACAUCCCUGCCACCAACUUGACGUACGAAGUCUUGCGCAAGAAACUUGAGAAAGCAUGCGUCUAAACCCAGAGUCCUUUCAAAAUUGAACACCUUGAGAGGCUGUUCGAGCUCUGUCAAAAAGCGUCUCCAGGGGAAAAGCCCAUGAACAGGUCAAGGGAACUCCACUGGGCUACCCAAUCUCUGUUUUGAUGGCGGGACUGGUCAUUCAAGAGCUGCAUAAGUCCGCCCUCAUCCAACAAGAGCCGAUAUUUUAGCGACGAUAUGUUGGCAGCACGUUUAUUAUCGUCAGAGAGAACAAGCUGUAAAAUUUUUAAUCAUCUGCUCAACUCAACCCUUCUAAAUUCAUAAUUGACGAGGGAAGAAAGAAAAGGAACAGCAGUCGCCCCCCCUUGAUGUGCUCGUCAGGCGAAGUCCCAACGGAGAUAUAGGGACAGCGGUUUGAAGGAAGGCAAUGAACAGCAUGCAGUUUUUCAGUUUUCGCUACAAUAAUCUGGUAGCUCGCAAGUGAAGCUGUAUGAGGACACUUUCCAUGCGGAUCGGAUUCACUGAAGCAACCUGGAGGGAGAGAGCACGUAAGGCCAGAUACCUCUGCGACCAAUUGGUGUGUAAUUGCUAUCCGAAGGCGUUCAUAAGCCGAUGCCUGUGUUUUCACUCUCGGAGGACUUCACCGGAAAUACCACCAAUGAUGUGAGAUGCUCCUCAAUACAUAAAGGACGUUUCAGAGUCGACCGAACGCAUUGCUGCGGAGCUAGAUAUCGAAAUUGCACACCUUACAGCUACCAUGCAUAAGAGAAUCGUCAAAAUCAAAAACGUUUUGGACUCCAGUGAGCAGUAGGGUGCAGAGUAUCGUAUACCAUGCCUAAAUAGGUCACAGGGAACGCAUCCUUGGAUCACGCAUACACGAAAAUAUGCUGGCUGUGCGGCGGAGUGAUGAAUUGUCACAAAUGGUUGCUCACACCUUCGAAACGCGCCACAAAUUUACCUUUGCAGCCGCCAAGAUAAUCACCCACACUGGAAACAAGGCAAGUCAAGAAUCCAUUGAAGCCUGGUCCUCGGGUGAGAAAUCAGUCGUUUGACGUAUCGAUCUGGCGCCGAAAUAGAGAACCCUGCGCAGUCAUCUUCACCCCAACGUUUCUGAUCGCUGAUUGGCAAAUUUCCGUUAAAACUGUCACUUGUUCUGUUGUUGCUUUCAUCUUUGAUGAUGUCCUCCUAAACGAGCUGCUUUUAUCAUUGACGAUGAACUCCCAAACGGUGCCCGACCAAUCUUCUUCUUCAUCCUUACGCAUGACGACACGUAUGUGAUCCGGAAUCUGGGAUGCCCUUGAAAAUCCUUCCUGUGCUCGUGUUUGCUAUGCUAUGCUUGAGGACACUUUUAUACAUCCGACGAAAAAGACGUCUUUUGGUUUAUGAGUCGUUUUCACCCUUACUGAUUUUAGACCGCGCUUUGCUAUUCAGAUUCUACCGCGAAAUGACCUUAUAGUAAAGACAUGCGUUAAUGGCGCACGCGACAGCACUUUCGCGUCUAAAAUACGUAUGCAUUCAGCAUUUGCCACAGCUAUAAAUCCCUCGACAACUUUACCAAACAGUGUAAAGCAGAUGUGCCAUUUCGUGAAAUGCUAAAAGGAAUUUUGAAAUAUGUCUUCGAUUCGAGAAGCUUACUUAAGUAGGGUUGUAAAUUUAAUUAUCGCGCAGCACAAUCUCGAAAUAUUUCAGUCACGCUAGGAUACCGGCUUCGCAAUGAGCUUUUUUGGUCGUCUUCAAAAGGUACACUAUGUAAAGUGAUUUCUUAUGUAGUGCGAAUUUUUCCCCCCUUGGUUCUCGAUGCCCUUUUAAAUCCAAAUAUAUUAAUUAGAAAGUGUGCACAAAAAUACUUUUUCUCGCACUCGUUUGGGGGAAAAUUACAUCUCCAAAUUUCGUGCCCAAAGAAAGGGUAUCUUAUGGUUUAAAAAUGCUUGCAAUCAUUGAAUUUCUAAGAGCGAAAAAUGUCCUUCCAUACGGCAUUGCAUCAUCACGUUGAUCAAGGCUACUUAUAAAGUAUAAGACUUGGUUCACAUCCAUUGCACAAUUUCAUGAGUCCUUUAUGACUUCUUUCCGAAGGCGUAUGUGGAUAUUCCUUUGCCGGAAUGCAUAUAGCUUGUAGUUUGAAAACUCUGAAUGCAAGUGUAACAGCAGGCGGGAUAAUACAUAACUGAAGAAGUUUUUAAAGACGGGAAGGCACUCUUUUGUCAAGUAUGCAAUUUGAGCAAGACGUAAGUUGCCACCUACAAAAGAGAAUAUUUUUGCGCACGUUGAACAUAAAAUAUAACUGAAUUUACAGGGGCAUUAAAACUCAGUGGAAAAAGUUCGUAGGCGGUCGAAAGGGACCUCAUUCAAAAGCCGAUGUCCUUACGCUACUAAAGUAUCCUAGGAUUAUCCUGCAUGCGAAUUAAUAUUACAAUGCUACUUAAGUACUUUUUUCAAAUCGAAAGCAUACUUCAGAAUUUCAACUAACACUUCAUGGGAUAGCACAUCUACAGUAGCUCCGACAGAUUAUUAUUUAAAAUUAUUUUUCCAUUCUCGAAAUGUAAUAGUGUGGAUUAACUGUCUAUUUUGAAUUUGUUUUAUUGCUGCAUUUCACGGCAAAUCAAUUGUUACUAUGCGGUUCAGAACUAUUUAUGGCCACAUCAUGCUGGAUUUCUUGUAAAUGACGUCAGCAUGCCCACUUCCACCCACCUAACUUGCAUGGACUGCAAAAUCGGUGUUCGAGUGCGUUGACGUAUUGCGCGCCCACCUGCUCCACCAAGGCCAAUAUCCAUUUAAUCAAAAGCCUCUCCUACUAGGCUUGCUAACUUUAUCAGCUGGUCAGGUGCACUUUUUUCGAUGUACGCAUACAGUCUUCCUUUGAAAAAAAGUAGUCGGAACGGCCCUCUACGCAAAUAAUACGUUGCAUGUACUCUUGUUAGUUACCCCUAUUACAAUUAGCCAGUCUAUCACCAGCUCCAUCUCAGACCCUGUUCGUUUGCUAAUCUCCCCCCAGAACCCACCGUAUACUUCCCCUAAUUAAUUGCCUCUGUUCGGGUUUUUUGGCUGCUUUUUAAUCCCACGGAAGUUAGCAGUGAAAACUACUGAAAAUUCGGGAAAAAAGCAUUUAGGUGUGUCAAGAUGGGUAGAGAUGAUGUUGGAAGACAAAGCGGCAAAUUUGUACCUACUUUAAACGUAUUGCAGAUGGAGCCAGAUAAAACACUGUGUUAACAGUAGACGUACAUAGCGACGUGCCGCUGGGUUUUAUUCACUCAGUUGAUAAAUGACUGUUUUUGGUUCACAAGUAUUCUCGCUUGUGAAUGAGACCGAAGUGAAAUUAUCCGUUUUCGUAUCCGGCGGGUAGUGAUCAAUCCCAUGAAAUAUUAACCGCAAAUAUGAAAUGCGUUUUCGAUUAGGAAGGAUUACUUAAGGGGGGUGGUAAUGUUAAUUGCCAUGCAACAUGAUCCCACGAUAUUUCAGUCACGCCAAGAAGCCGCCCUUUGAACGAGUUUUUUCAUAGGCGCCAACAAAAACCGCAUUCGGUAAUAAUGUCUGCUUAAGUAGUAGGCAUUUAAUCCAUUGAUUUACAGUGUCCUUUUAAAUUCAGAUAUAACUUAUAGGAAACGGGAGUAAAAUUAUCCAUUCUAGUACUCGCAUAGUAACAAAUCUCGUCUUUCUCAGAUUUAAUACUCAAGUAAACAAUAUGCUUGGGUUUUAAAAAACGUCUUUCAAUUCCAGAAUAAUUCUGAGCCCGAUCGGCAGUUGCAUUUGCGUCUAGGGUUUGCGGCCUACAAGUUGUGUAUUUUCAAUGUGAAGAAAUUCAUACAUUCCUGUAUGCUACUAGGAGAAUACCAUAUAGGACUCAUUACAAUUCUGCAAUAAAUUUGAACCAUGGUAUAUACUUCAUAAGAAGUAUUAACAAACAGAUAGACAUGAUUUAACUUGAGUGGACAUCUCACGGCCCUAAAAAUCCUCAUAAUUGCAACUUUUAAAGCUGCAGUCUAUGAUUUCUCCGAAGGUAAAUUUAGGAUACGUGAUUUGUUUACGAAUUUGUGCAGGGAAGGAUGUUUUGGAGCAUGUUUUCUACGGUAUAUGUUUUACAGAGAUAUCGGAAAUCGAUGGAAAGAAUUCGUUCUACUUGAGUAGUCUUCUGGUGAGUUUGGUUUCUGCGGGCAGCCGAAAAGAAGUGCAUUCGAAAGUCGGUGUCCUGACGUGACUGACAUAUCUUGGGAUCACGCUGAGUGAUGAUCAGUAUUACAAGCACACUUAAGUAAACCUUCCUACUCAGUUAGAAUUUCAUGCGAUUGGUUACUGACUGUAGAUCAUAGAAAUGGGUCAUCCGAAGAGAUAACUAUUUAUUGCCCUGACCUUUCCAAGGCAUAUGGGCCUUCAUCUACGAAUGUACUAACACCUGGCCUCGCAGCAAUUGUGGGUGUUGUUGGGUCUGACGCUCCAUCUUUGCCAUCACAGUUCUCGGUUCAGGCACGGCUUCAGUUGUCAUGGCGACGACAACUUCCCCGCCUGGUUUCUGCUGCCAUGUUCUAACUGACCAGCCCCUGGUGGGUGGAGCGAAGAGUCCGGGGGUGGGGGAAUUCUGGCAGUUGUCGCUCAUCGCAGCACAAUUAUCACCCACAGUGGCAGGGCCGUUAAUUGCCGUCCUUGUACCUGCGCUGGCACAUGCGUCCAAUCCUCCGAGGCUCAAUCCAUGGAACUUUGCAGCUGUCAUGAUAAUGACGUCGAGUCGAAAUCGCUACACCUCGUGACAUCCCCCUCCCCGAAGGAUUAACUCCAAGUUCGCGCAUUAAUCUCCACAUAAAGUCAACAAGACCACAUGAAAGCAGGAAUUUAUGUAGUUGAAAGCGCACGGAGAACUGAUUAGCCGAACCCCAGCAGCGCAAGAUAGGUAAAACACGCAUGCUCUCAGGCCGCACACGAGGAGGCCCCAAACGACGGGUUUUUUUGUUUCUUGAUGCAGAAAUAUGGACGCCUCAAAACGAAUGUCUACGCGAAAUGCCUCACUGCUGGAAUUAUCCUCGACCACAGAAGCGGCCUCCCUCUGAUAUUUACGUGCCUUUCACGAGCCCUCAAUUAGAAGUCUUGAAAACCAACAUCGCGGACUACUUCCAGCUGCCGGGUGAUGAAGCCUCCGAUUGGGUCAACUACGUCCUUCGCGCUUCAUAAUCUGAACUGUCUAUUGCCUAGACGUCGGAUUCUACAAAAAGGACUUGUCUCCUCGAAACUUGGAUAAGAGGUCGACAAGAUCAGGGCUGAGUUUAAGAAUGAAGAAAGAGAGUCGAGCACCAGGAAAAGGGACUACUUUUCUGAUUUUCCGGACUCUGCUCAGAGACAAAACGCACUCUAACCGUCUGUAGACGGUAGCCGUAGACCAAUUCCCCCUAUAGUUAGGUAGAUCAAACGCCAGGAAGACUGGAGAAUAACCUGGACAAUCAUUAAAUGGUUGUUCGGUGAGAAAAUCUGCUACAUUUUAUUGGCUUAAUCUUAAAUUAAAUCCUUUCUCGGACGAGUCUGGGGUGAACUAACAAUGGUGGUGAUCGAGGCUUGAGAUUCGGUUUUUCAAUCGAUGAAUAGAUGUGUCGAACUCCCAACCUACGCGUCUUGGAUAAAUGAAUCAGACCAGACCCAUGAUUAUUAGCCACUACCAAUGAAUCAAUUUCGAAAGUAAACUGUUUGUCCUUCUGCCCCUCUGUCAUGUCUCCGAAGCUCUGAACCCAUACAGAAAAAGAAGUCCGAAGACUCAGAGCUGUUAACCCCUCCUGCUGUCAGAAUCUCUUUCACCAUCGAAAGCUUUCCUUGUGUGCGUGUUCUCGCCGAUUUCAGUGUUUAUCUGCUGUCUGCCCGCGAACUAUCCUUAGUUCUUUCAUCUCCUCCGGCAUUACGCACCAGAACGCGAUUUCCUCAUAAAUCCUGCAUCCUAUCGCAGUAGUUUAAUUCUUUUUUUUGGGGUUUACGAUCGUCAUUGGUUAAUUUUUAAUUGGCAUGCAUUCGCCGGUUAGUACCAUGAUUCCUACUACGGCCGCUGCUGCUGCUGCUGCGACCACUACAUUUCGCCGUUUUUGUGCCCUUGCGCUCGAUGUAAGCCUAAUCCUAUUUCAUUCGAUGCGCGCGUGCGUGCCGUGUUCGUAUGUCGGCGCGUUCGCGCGUGUCUGGUUUUGUCAACUGUUUGCGCAUGCAGAAGAUACUUUUUACCUCGACACAUCGCUAUCGUCGGAGUCCCCACCUUUUCGUUCUCGCUACCGUGACGAUGACGAUGUCCGAGCACGAAUUGCGCACAUUCGCAGCCCUCGUACAUCUAUAUAUGUUUAUGGAGGAAGGGCCCUUUCGUCGUCCUCCUCCACAGGCCUUAGUUACGCUAUCGAUCUCCCGUUGUCGAUGUCGCGGUGGGACAUCGAAGUGGUACGGGAGAGCUGCGAAAUGCCCACACUGAACUGGUCCUCACACCGAAUGAUGAUCUUAUAAGUUGGAAAAACUAGGGGGAUUAGGGCAGAAACACGUGUUUGUAAGGCUUCUUGAAAGGAAAAUAAACAGUAGGUAACUUGAAUACCUGAAGCGCAAAUGGGGUGGUAAGGAUACCGUCAAGGUCUCGUCUAUAAUUUCCGGACUUACCAAUGACAAUAAUGGAAUAGUUAGGACAGCCCACUGCUGUCAUCAGUGGGUAAGGAAAACUGAUCGAGCCCUGGAACCAUUGGUUUAUUUGUCUGAGCUUUCGAACUCAUACAGGAGUCCAUCAUCGGCGAUAAAAGCAGCAACUUGACAAGCGACAGCUAUAAGUGAUAUUUGCCAAUCGCUGAUACAGGUCUGGAGGAGACUGCGCGGGGCUCUGUAUAUCGGCAGCUGGACAUCGGAUGAAAACUCAGUCAAUCGAUACGUCGAUCUGAUGACAUACGGAGCCCCACGCAUCCCCUUCUUCCUUCUCCUUCUACAUCCUCUUCUGUUUCUUCAUCUCCCUUCCUCCUUCGCCUGGAAUUCAAAAUUUCGCCCCCCAGUCAUUGCAAUCAGCAUUCAGACGUCGAGAGGAUUGGCUGUUUUUUGCAGGUGUAUAUCAGCGAAAUUCUAAAUAUAACAGCAAAGCACGCCAAUGGUCGUUUCGAUUCUAAAGUUGGCUACUAAGAACGUAGAUGUCCUGCUGCUCCUGGCGAAUAGGAUUCGGAUAAACCCUACCUCUCCUCUCCCCUGAAAUCCAACACAAAGCCGUCUGUAGUACGUGUCCUGCCAAGACCUAUUUUGAACGGUGGGAAGACUUUGUAUUGGCUGAAAAAUUAGCCACACGAUAAGUGCGCCAAUAAACACGCCUUCAAUGUCAGUGGUCGGAGGCAGGAUCGCCUAGUCAGCAUCAAGCCAGUCACCAAAACCUUGGCUGAAAUGGAGGCAAUUAAAGGCUGAGGUGCAGGCAACCAGGCCACUAUGCGUCUGCGAUGAGUGCAGGGGCUGCUAAUUUGAACAGGUGCUGUGCUUACGCAACGGCCGCAUUCCCUCUACAUCGGUCACCUUCGGGUGAUAAAUUCGAGAGUGUAUCCGAAACAUCAGCCUUAUAGGCUUGUUAGUUCGGCGCUCAUGUCUCCUUCUCUGUUCGCCCAACGAUCCUUUUCGGACUUGAUUUCUCAUCAUCCAUUGGGAGACAAUUAAGGCCAUAGUAUGAUUAUGAGAAUGCCGAAAGCAGAAAACGUUCAAGAUCACCUCAUGAGGCAUAUCAAUCGUGUACUGUAGGUCCCCUGUGAAUAUAUGCAAUAAUUGUUAACCAUGGUAAUGCUUAGUUUGUAUCUGCAAGAAUUUUGCCGAGCUCUACUUUGCCUUAGAUUGAAAAAGGCCGGCUAGGACUUGUGAGAAUGGACCAUAUGCCACAUCACCUGUUUCGACAUUGAAAACUUCCCCGUAGUUGGGCAGUCUUGAUUUUUAACUUUGCAUGAGGUUGGCAGACGAAACCUGCUCGAGCAGAAGCAGAGGAUUCUCCGAAGUCGAAUUCACACUGGUGUGGCAUCGUUUGUUUGCCGUAUCAUUUGUCUUCAGGGAAAAAAUGUUUCACGCCAUCCGCUCAUUCUUUCCAUGUGUGAUGAAAAUUAGCUGUGUCAAUAAGGUGGGAUAAAAGCAACGUCUUAUCUCGAUAGCGACUCCUGUUUACCCACCUGGCGUGCUCUCAUGAGGACCGAGCAUACGCAACUGUUGACUUGACCGCAACCGCUUACCAAACAUAUUGCUUAAACAGAUUAGAUCUCCUGGAAUGGUUACCCGCAAGCGUUCAUUGAGUACUAGAGACCCCUGCAAUCUGUUGGUUCAACAGUUGGAAACUCGGUUUGUCUGUGGCGACUCUGUUAUUCCGGCCGUUUUGGUGAGAGGUUGUGCCUUCUGGGGGGGAGACCGUUCCAUCAAAAUUCUUACUUUAGCCGCAGGUUGCGAAAAUGACCUAACAUUUGUCAACGUCUCACAGCAGUUUAAAGAGGCUUAGCGUUGCAAGUUGUGCGGAAUCAUUAUUCUGGCAGGAAAAUGAUUGGUCUGGUUAGCCAGGUUAAUCUUUUAAUGUAACCAAACAUAGUAACGUGAUAGCAGGUAAUUCAGAACACAAAAAACGAUACCUGUUCCAUCGUCUUCCGCUAAUGUCGAUACCAGAGAGCUCUCUGUUUGGGCUACCUUCUGCUAUUUUCUGGCCUGGCCCUAGCUUGCUUCAUCAGACAGCACUCAGGCUUGGAUUGGCAAAGUUGAGAGAUCGGGGCUGAUGAUUAGAAGAAAAAGAUGAAAUCACCUGAACGGAUUUAUUUAGGUGCUGACCUUUAGAAGAGCCAGGUCGGCUCCCCGUUGUCAAAGUGUAAAGUGCACUUAAUCAACCAGAAAUUUCAAGUGUCAUGCCGCGUCGGCCGGCCGCAUGCUGAUAGAUUUUUCUCUCCUCUCGCUGCCUCGGCCUUUGGGGGGAUGGUUGGCGGGCGUUUUAUCUGUGUGCUUUGCGAGUCACCGCUUCGUCGGGGGAAGGUGAUUGAACCUUCGUCAGGUUGUCAGUCCGUUGGUUCUUCCUCGCCGAGUAGAUUCGCCGUCGGCCUUUGUAUGGCCUUCUUAAGUCCAGUGCGGUUACUUGGUCCUGAGCUCUACGGACAUGAUGACGUAGGACUUUGUAGGCUGCAGAAAGGUCCAGGUGCCUGUUGACGGAGUGGGCAUCAGAGUACCACUCCUCGAUAGCCGUUCUGCUUUUGUGUCGCCCGGCCAAAGAUAGCAGCUCUUCGGAGAUCGGAAGUAUGCCCAGUUUCUUUACCAUGCGUUGCUGGGUGAGAGUUUGGAUCUUGUGCUUUUGCAGGCGGGUCUGCAAUUUCCGCCCGGUUUCCCCAACAUAGUUGCAGUCACUCUCAUUACAAUUCAUUUUGUAGACAACUCCUGAGAAUUCAGCGGUCGGUAGUGUGUCCUUAGUUUGCAUCAGACGGCUCCGUAGUGUUGCCUAGGGCCCAUGGGCUAUGCCUACUCUGGUGGGUUGUAACAGUCGCGAGACCGCUUCAGAGACCCCUUUAACGUAAGGAACGGCCCUCCAGACCUCGGGUCGCUGCUGGUUUGGCCGUCGUCUGUGCUGUCGGCGACUGCUUCUCUCUCGAGAGAGAAGAGAAAAAUCGACCAACAUGAGGCCGACCGACGCGACCUGCCGCUUGAAUAUUCUGGUCGAUUAAGUGCACUUUACACUUUGACAAUGGGGAGUCGACCAAGCUCUUCGAAACGUCAGCACCCAAAUAAACCCGUUUCGGUGAGCUCAUCUUUUCCUUCAAAGCACUCAGGCUUGUCUGAGUGUUUUCCGUAAAGAUCAUUUUCUUUUAAGUGUUAGAAGAUAACAUUACUAGUAGCACAUUUAUUGAAUAUUACACGGUUAUCCGGCUGUGGCUGAUGGACUUCGGCCCAAAUAUUCAUACAUAAAAUUCUCGGUCUGAGCCUAUAGACUUCGAAUAAACUGAUCUACUCCAAGUUCGUGGAUAAUUUCUGAGGAAAUCAAAAAGCAACAAUCAUUUUCUUUCCUCAUCCUAUCGUCUUAACCUUGGAUAGUGUCCAUGAUUGUAAGAAGAAAUAAGGAAUUAGUAAUUUUUUUCUGGCAUCAUAAUGAGAAACGUUGGGCGCUAAAGCAGUCGUCAAGCUUGUAUGAAGAGUAGAAGUAACUGUUGAGGGUGACUUUGAUUUGUUUGCGUGAGAAGUGUUCAAAGCGCGCAGAAGAAGAGUUCAGUUUAGCAGUAAUAGCAGAAUAUAACUUCUGAGCAGGAGACGUUAGGCGUUAGAAACACGCGGAAGCCGCGACAAACCGGCAGACGAGUUUCAGACCUAUGCAAAUUUUUUCACUUCACUUAUUCUAAAAGAGCUUCUUCUCAAGCAGUUCUUACUCACACGUGAACUGCUGUCGUUUAGCGAGAAACCCAUUUUGCGUAUGUUGGUAGUUCGGGUGGACGUUGCUGCUGUUGUUAGAACGAAAAUUCUUCCCCCCACUCCCUGCCCCCCCCCUUUUGAUUAUGUCGCCCUAGUUGUCGAUAGAGCCCUUUAAGCUGUAGUCCCCUGGACAGUAAUUAUAUGAGCCAACUUGAGGGGAAAAUCGUUUGCAAUACUGCCAGCAUUGGGAGGUGAGCGUCGCCGUCAACAUAUUUGGCACACCACUUCAGAGUUCAAGGAUAAAGUUAUCUUACAGAUGAACCCUUUCUUGACGGAGGGUGAUGCUCACCCUAUCACAGUAUUUUUUUACAGGUAACGUACCAGCCAGAUGAGUUCUCGAGCACGACUUGGGGUAUUGCUGCUGUAUUUUAAGGCCCGAGAGCUCGCUUUUCUCUCAAUUAGCCUUCACUGAGGACUGUUCCCUCGUAUGCCACCCAUGGAUGGGCUGGGCAGCCCGCGACGGCGUUAACAAGUACUAGCCCCCCCCCCUUCCCUGUAACCUCUGCUCCCCUUGGUCCAGCCUUUUUUCUCUUAUUAUCGUAUUCCUUCCUUUCAGAUUUUUGGUCUCUUCACUUCCAUCAUAAUGUGCUGCUCGGUUCGGAAGUACAACACCGACUAUUACGAAGUUGACUACGCGGCCAACGCCUAA